CAUAGAAAAGUGAGCCUGGACGGAGUCAAACUGCACAAGAAACCAUUUGAAAAGUCAAGUCUCGGCUUACUCUCAAAUUAUAGACUACUUUCCUCAUUUUGUUUUUCUUUUUUGAGAUCUUAUUCCACCUUGCAUUUUGCAUCUCUGUCUCCUGACACGGUCAGCGUGUCGGCUGAGCUCCGUGGACUGUACGUGGGUGAUGGGCCGGACCAGGAGAUGAGCAGCGGGCAGUGUGGGGGUGCCAGGGGCGCGAGAGGAGGUCUGCACGCGGAGGUGAGAGCGAGUGUUUUUCAUGUUCCUCCGUCCACUGCUCACAUCUCUGCUUCAGUGGAGUGCUGUUUGGCAACUUUCCAUGAAUGUGAGAAGUUGAUUCUGUUUUCUUCUCCCUGUGAUCUUGAAGUAUUUUAUUAUUGCCUGAGGGCGCAUAUAUAUUCGAUCAUGUGAGGGUUUCAGGUGGGAGCUGUCAUCAUCUGACAGCAACACGUUCUCUCUCAACAUCAGUCUGAUCACAACCUUUGUGCUCCAGUGGCCUUGUGUGUGUGUGUGUGUGUGUGUGUGUGUGUGUGUGUGUGUGUGUGUGUGUGUGUGUGUGUGUGUGUGCGCGUGCGUGCGUAUGUUUGUUUCAUCAAGAUGAAGUGUCAGGAGAACUUAAAUACCCUGCUCUCACCUCAAUCUGUAGCCUUUUUAAAACUCAUCGUGGUCACAUGUUUUUCUUCACUACAGCUGUCUGUUAUGUUAACCUUUUUUCAUGCUAAUCUCAAAGGCAGAAAAUUACUGUAUUUUUUGAGUGACAGACUGCAGGUAGAAAAAUGGUGUGGAAAUUGUGCAUUAAAGUUUGCUGAUGGUUGCUGCCUUUCUUUUCAUUCCUGCUUCAUGUUUUUUUCUAAAAAAAUCCUGACUUGGAACAAGCGGUUGUUAAUUGUGGGGCUACACUGGUACUUUCAUAGCUAAUCCUGCGAAGCAAGGUGCAGAUGAAGUGUUGUGAAGCGCUCCCUAAAGUCCUGUAGCUGUAAUUGCUUUAUGUAUUUUGUAUUGAAAUGUGAUUACAGCUUUUCGUCCUCGUCUGAAACAAGAGCAAAUAUUUUGUUUCGUCUCAUCAGAAAAGUUGGUCUUUUCUGCAAUCUUGAUUUUUUGUUUUCUUGUGAUCAACAAGUUCGCUCUGCACUGGGUAAUCAUGAAGAAUCAGCAGACAUUCAGGAGGAUCUCUGCUGCUUCUAUUUCUGCUUACAUUCAACAUCUGCAGGAGUAGGAGGAGAGCCAUUGCAGCUCUCUGCAGCUGCAGCCAGAGACUGUGUAAUGUGCCUUCAGGGGCUGAAUGUGGCCCUGCAGUCAUCAGCAGUUAGUUUACUGUAGCCCACAGUGGCCACCAAGGACAUUUAUGAUGAUACAUAUGGGACAAAUGAUCUAAAUCUAAAUCUUGUAAACAUUAUGUUGUGACUUAAACUACUGUAUUAGGAAAAAUCUUACUAGAUCAACAUACGUAUUAACUUCUGGAAACCCUGCCUUUUAACUAUGGCUUAAAGGUGGGGUAGGCAGGAUCUGAGGAAGUGCCAGUUUUUGGGAGAAAUCUUGAAUGUUAACACUACCCCUCCCAACCAGUUUUCCCCUCAGCUCCUCCUCUCCCCUCCGUCUCUACUCCAGCAAGCCCCGCCCACAAACAGACACUCCUGCUCGCUCGUUUCGUUCCAAUUAAAUCCAGAUAUAAUGCAGAUAAAUACUUCAGAUAAUGACAAAUGGGGCCCAGUCAACAUGAAAGUAAAAAGCAUUGGUGCUACUGUAGAUGCCAACAGACUACCAGCAAACACAAUGUUUGCAAGACUUCUACAACUAGGAUAAAGUGACAUACUCCAGGACCUGAGGUAAACAGUUUAGUGGCGCUACAACUAGGAUAAAGUGACAUACUCCAGGACCGAGGUAAACAGUUUAGUGGCGCUACAACACGCAGCAGGUCUCAUUUGACAAGAAACACUUCUGUUAUAGACACUUGGUUUAAUUUGUUAAAGUGGUUUACCUGUCCAGCAGAAAGGUUACAGGGUCACCAAGAUCCCAAAGCGUCACCCAUGGCUUAUGCUGAUGUUGACCCGGCUAUUUCGCUCUUGUCUGGUCUACCUCCUUUUAAAGCGCCUUUUAUUCCGCAGUCUCUGGUAUUUACUUAAUUUUCUUGCCUGUGUUGGUAGUCAUGGCCAAAGGAGGAUUCAGACAAUUUUUUGUACUUUCUUGUUGGUUUCUACCUUACAAUACUGUAGCAUGUUAACUUUGUUUGGGCUCGUGAACGUCGAGGACGUGGAGCUUGCCUCACAAAAUGAGGGAGCAGGGUCCACCUCACAACCAAUCAGGUUGGGGGAGGUGGAGAAUGGCUUUGUUUACAGUCAGAAAGAUUGGGCCGCUCAAACAUUUCAAAAUGGUGACUACACAGACAUAACAAAACACAGCAAUAUCCUUAUAUCCCCAAAUCUCAAAAGGUUUUUUUUGUAUAUACACCACAAAAAAAGAUGCUUCUCUAAUGGAAUCCUGCCUAACCCACCUUUAAGUUUAUUUGCAACAAUGCGUGUAAAAUACUGGGCUGAUAAAGGGCCAACUUAAUCAUUAAAUUCAAACUCAUGGGAUAAAUGUUGUUUUGAUUUGCUUAUGAACAAGCCAACACAUUAUGACACAGUUGGUUGUUUACACAAUGAAAUGCUGUCAGAAAAAAAAAAUAUAUAGUUAUAUUUUAAUACAGCACUGUGAGAGCACUUUUUAACCACAUCUGAAAAGCAUGUAAAGCUAUUAAAAAAUGCAUGAUAGCCCCCUUAAAAGAUGCAUAAAUGUGCCCCAGUGUUGUUAAUGGAACUACAUAAAGUCUCCAAGGGACAACCCAAAGCCAAAGCAGUUAGUGUCAAAAUCACAGUAUGCACAGCUCUUGACACCCACCUUUGAUCUAGCAAGGAUUUCUACAACCAGUGGUGUAUUAUGAACAUCAAGUAUCCUAGCUGUAUUGUACUUUUUCUCUACUCACCCUGCAUGGUGUGAUCUUAGCACACAUUGACAGCAAGGUUGCUGAUAGUAACCAAAGUUUGACCACAGACUUGUGGACUUCUGCAAAAUAUAUUGUGCUAGAUCAGACCUGGGCAUUUUACGGCCUGAGGGCCACAUCCAGCCCCUUGGAUGUCCCUGCUCAGCCCUCCGUGAGGUCCGUCAAUCAAAUCAUCAACAUGCUAUAAGUGCUUUUAUUUUGAAAACCUUGCCGUUGUUUUAUUUCCCUUUGGACGCACAUGCGUGCAUCCUAGAUCUGCAUUAGUGAACAGAGACAAGUUUAAACAUCAGCAAAAUAAUCGUAGACGCCUUAUAGUUGCUUAGUCGGCUUUUUAUAAAAGACUUUAGGCUUGUUUCUCUCAGAAGACACUUGUAAAACUUGAGAGUCGCGGGUGAGCUUUUUUGGGCUUGUUUUUCACAAGCAGUUGCUUAUUUGGGCUUGCUUUUCUGUAUGUGUUAACCCCCCUGAUUUGAAGUUGAAGUUAUUGUUGGCUCGGCCCUCCAACACAGUUAAGGUUUCUCUUGUGGCCCCAUGUAAAAAUUAAUUGCCCACCCCUGUGCCAGAUAGAUUACAAGAGCGUAUACCAGAGAGUAUUUUCAGUACUUUCUGAAAAGUUACGAAUUUCAACAAUACAACUAUACAAUUUCUAUUCUGUUUUCUGCCUUUGGUAUCAUAAUAUCAGAUUGCCACCUCACGAUAAUAAUGACAUAACUGUAUUUAUGAAAAAAGAAAAUCUAAAAAUAAUACAACACAGUCAGUCUCAGAAUCUGGAGAAACACAUUUUAUAAUUUUUGCUAAUGAAUGCAAGUGGCUAAUGUUGCGACAUUUAUUUGUUAUGCAGUUCAAUGUUAUGAUUUCUUAAUAGCCCUGCUACUGAAACUUGUUUGGAAAAACAGUAACUUAAUUGAACAAAACCUCAGUCUCCUUGGUUCUCACCACACAAAGAUGUAUGUGCACUGCAGGUGUAGAUGCUAAGAGCAAACAAUAGUAGCUUAGCAGUCUGUAUGUGUGCCCUCACCCCAUGUACUUAGAAUCAUACUUACAGAAUAUGAAUGUUUGUUGUUCACUAAAGCUUAGCCUUUCUUACCUCUAUAUGUGAUAAAACACAAAAAUGAGCAAUAUCAAGUUAUCUGUAUCAGCCUUUGGGAGCAGGUUAUCAUAGGUUUCCCCAAAAAUAUCCAUAUCAUUCAUCCUAAUUGUAAGCCAUUUCUUUCCUUUUUCAAGUGUUAACAUAUGGCCAGAAUAUGACAAUGAAAAAAGAUAUGCUCCUCCAAACGGUCACUCUCAGGCUCUCUGCAUUCAGGGCAGAUGAAUUUUGUAUUCAGCACAGCACUUUACGCCUUCACUGAGGUAUUUUCCACAGAGAAGCUGACCUGGGCUCUCAUCCUUGGGCCAUUUGAAAAUUGUCUUUUACUUUUAAAGGGAAUGAGAGAGGCUGAUGUGAUUGGCCUUUGCUUGCGCCCCUCUCUUUACCUAUACUGGUUUCCAGAUUGUGCUCAUGGAUCCCCUGCUUUGCAAUUGUACCUCUCUUACAAAAACAAAGGUGCUUGUGUUUGUGCCCAAUUUCUAAAGUGUCCCCUCUACACUUCUGUGUCCCGUCAUCCUCCUUUGUAUUUUUCUCUUGCCCUUUGAGCAGAGGUACGAUGUCCUGCCUGUACUUCCCUCAGAAACCAAACCACUCUUUUGUAUUGGUAACAAGGACAGAGAUUUGAUUUAGCCAUGCAGGUUGGGCUGCUGCUCAGUUACAAUGAGUAUUGAUUCCUAGUGCUGGUCUUCAGACAGGAAAAGCUAGCUCAGUCAGCUACUGUCUUUUUACAUUAACCACCCACCCCCUGAUACAGUCACUACUGUAAAGCUCAAAAUCUGAUAAACCCUACUUUUUUAAAACUAAGCAGACACAAAGGGGGCCUUCAACAAAUGUGUCACAUUCAGCAGAACUGCGGCUGCAGCCUUUGGGACCGUUGUUGGAGGACACCAGUAGCCCUCACCUUUGACCCCUUUUCCAUUCAUAUAAUGGACUAUCUCUACCUCCUAGAAGAUGUUUUACAUUUCUACAACGAAUGUAUGCUUUCAUUUGUUAAAUGACAUUGUAAGUAAGAGUGUAAGAGUGAAUGUAAGAGUCCAUACAGAAAAAAAUAUGGUGUGUGUUUUUCACAAAUGCAAUACAAGCUCAGUCUGAAUUAAAUGAAACACUAACAAGCAUCUUUGGUUCUUCUACACGAGCAGUACGUAGGAAUGGCAGUGCUUCAUAUAAAAACAGCAGAAGGACAUUUUUUCAAAAACAACACUGACUGCACUAUGCUGUCAUGUCAGCUGUCAGAUAAAGGCGAUAAAUGGAGCCAAGGACAAUAAGUUGGGAGCAGAUUGAAGCGUGACGCACAAAAGAGAAGCACAACAUAAAGCAUACAUGAAGCAUGUUGCACUAUAAGACUAGCUAAAUACUUGGGGUCUAAAGGCACACUUGUAGCUCCUGAAAGACAAUGCAGACACGGAUGGGUUGAACUGAAUGCCUGCAAUAACGUCAGUGCAGUUUUGUUAGUACAUUGUUUUGUGUGAUGGAAGAUUUUUUUUUUUUUAAACCCAAAUACAAAUUUAAAUUUGCAUUUUCAGAGGGUCGUUAGUCAGUUAGGAAGAAAAAAAAAUAACAAGAACAAAGAGGAAAAAGUCGAAGUUUCUGUUAAUGACCAACCUGACACCCUGAUUAUUCAUGUCCAUUUACAUGUGUAUAUAGUUUACAUGUACGUUUAUAAGGCAUAAAUGGCUGUCAUCCUUGCGCCAGAAUUAUUAGCCGGAUUAAUUAGUUCUUUUUUUUUCCUUUUUAUUAUCGUAGACGUGAAAUGCCAGUCCUGUGAAAAAGCCGUAUUCCUCUACUAUAUAUGGAUUUAAACCAGCCAAGAUGAUGAAAAGCAUCUUGUUUUGUAGCUGUUUUUUUAUUCAGAAAAUAAAGCUGUAUAAAGGCCAUGAAUCAAAAUUAUUGAGACACACUGCAAGAUUAUUUUUUUUCUACUUAAAGUGUUCUCAGUGGUCUUUAAACUGUGAUAAUGAGGUUUUUAGCAAAAAUCAUGUUACCUGUGUCAUUUUUAAGGGCUUUUCUUCUUCAUACCUCAAGUAACUCAUUAGCAAUUCACCUCUGAGUCGUGGGUGGAGACAGCGCUGCUCUGCACACUCCUCUUCAAGCUAGCUUGUAGCCUUAUAUUGCCCUGCAGUAAAAGUGGCAGGUAACGUUACAAGCGGUUUUCCUUCUUAAUGCUUCUGGACCUUACAGCAGCAUUUGAUACGGUGAACCACUCCAUCCUCUUAUCACGCCUUGAGCACACUGUAGGAAUUAAAGGCCCCACUCUAGAAUGGUUUAAAUCCUACCUUGCCGACAGAUCCUUCAGUGUACAAUUGGGGCAGUACUCCUCCUCAGUGGCCCCUCUAACCUGUGGAGUCCCUCAGGGGUCAGUUCUAGGCCCUCUGCUGUUCUCCCUUUACAUGCUUCCCCUGGGGUCAAUAUUUAGGAAGCACGACAUUCACUUCCAUUGCUUUGCUGAUGAUGUGCAGGUGUACCUGCCGCUAAGAGCCCCCUCCAAGGAAUCCCUUCAGGCUGUGUUAAACUGUAUGAGGGAUAUUAAAACAUGGAUGGACCUGAACUUUUUAAAAUUGAACGAAAACAAAACUGAGAUUGUCCUCUUUGGCAACCCUGACACCGUCCAGGUCCUUGCCAGCUCCCUCGGCCCCUUAGUACCCUAUAUAGAUUCCCAGGCCAGAAACCUAGGUGUUAUUGUUGAUGGGGCUCUUAAGCUGGACAAGCAGAUCAGCUCCGUCGUGAAGGCUAGUUUUCUUCAGCUUCGGCUACUGGCAAAAAUCAAGCCUUAUUUUAGGAGGCCAGAUCUGGAAAAGGUUAUCCAUGCGUUUAUCUCAUCUCGCCUUGACUACUGUAACUCGCUGUAUUUUGGCAUCAGCCAAACUGAAAUUAACCGCCUACAGCUUGUACAAAAUGCUGCUGCUCAUCUCCUGACCGGAGCCAAGAAACGGGAGCACAUCUCACCGGUGCUCUCCUCACUUCACUGGCUCCCAGUCAAGUUCAGGAUUGAUUUUAAGAUUCUUUUAUCUGCUUUUAAGUCUUUGCACGGGCUGGCCCCAGAAUAUUUAUCUGACCUUGUCAAGGCGCACCGACCUGCCAGAUCCCUGAGGUCUGCUGACCGGAUGGUCUUAGAUGUGCCGAGAACCCAGCUUAAAAGCAGAGGGGAUCGGGCAUUCGCAGUUGCUGCUCCCACACUGUGGAAUGCCCUGCCUCAGUCUGUGCGUUCUGCAACCAGCCUCACCUCCUUCAAAACGCACCUUAAAACCUACCUGUUUACCCUAGCUUUUGGUUGAGUUGUCACUUGCUUUUACUCGCGUACGCUUUCCUUUUAUUGUUGUUAUUGUAUUUUUCUCUUUUAAUGUUGCCAUACCUGUAGCUUUAAUUAUUUUAUGUUUUUCUCCUGUAAAGCACUUUGUCUGGCCUGUCCUAUAAAUGUGCUAUAUAAAUAAAGGUGACAUUGACAUUGACAUUGAAGACAGUAAUGCCACACGAUGGCGACAGAAGGCAGCCCCUCAACAAGUGUCGCUGUAAGCGCUGCAGAGGGCGUCCUCCACACUGUCUUAUAUAAGCACAGAGGGAUUCGGUGUGUGUAAUGUUGGACCCACUAGUAAGACAAACACCCUUUUCCACAAAUAAAGAUACUCACAUAAAGUUGCACAUAUUCAAACCUCACGUGACAAAGAUGGGUUGUGCACACAGAUCACAACAUUAAGUCCAAUAAUGGCAUUAAAAUUAGAACCAUCUGUGCGUAAAUGAUGCAUUGCGCUCCGUGGCCUGGCUCUUUCUUUCAUAGAUGUUGGCAUAUAAAAUACUUUUGGCUCACCCAACUGAAUAUUAUAAUAUUCGUAUGUAGGCUUAAAGUAAAUAACUCAUCUGAUCACUAAAAUAAAACAUCUGUUCAGCAGCUGCAGCAGCAGGACGGAGAGAGGACACAGAGACGUGUCCAGGUCGAGCUGCGCGAGAAGGAAGAGGAAGAAAGAAAAGGAGCAAGACAAAUUACAUAUCUUGUUAACUUCAUCAUGUGUGUCUAUUUACUAGAUAUUUAAUUUAAUUUAAUGCGGUUUCAGCUGUGUUGAUUCGGUCAGGUUGUGUGUCCAAACGCGUGCCAAACGCGCUCAUCAGAUCAGAUAUAGAUCAGAAUAUAUCUUUAUAGAUCUAAAUGUAUGUGCCGACUCAGAUUAAUAGUUGUUGUUGAUUAUUUAUUGCACUGGAAUGUGCCUGACACUGUGGAAACCUGCUGGUGAGGCAUCGGUGACGUAUGCCGAUACGCAGCCGGUCUACCAAAAUUCCACUAGACCAGCUGCGCUCCGCCUGCACUGAAAGCUGAGCGGGUUUGAAUCGGCGAGCUUUCAGCGCACUUUACACUGAUUCAGCCAGCUGAUUCUGUCGACACCUCUCCUUGCCACGCCACCAUGCCCAGUUUGGCGGACCUCGGUGUGCCUCAGUCCAAACUGGCUGCACGCCGGGCUCUGCCAGACGAAAAUACCAGUGCGCGGGGUCUACCACCCUCCUCUGCUGACACGUAAAUAAAGCCCUGUGGCUUUAAACUUCAUUUUUUCAUUUACAGCCACUCUGCCUUCCCAAACUCUCCAUGGUGACAGUGGGUAGCGCACGCAAAAUCCUCAUUUAAAUAGGGCGGUCUGCUCCACUUUUGCACCUGUAAUCACCUGAGAAAAGGAUCAUAGUAGAUGAUGUGUAAUUUUUUCAUUUGCACAUGCAAUUUAGAGCUCAAUAUGUGUAAUCUUAGUAGAUCAGACUCAUAGUGCUGUAACUGGAUAUCUGCUUGAACAGAGUUAAUAUGUCUUGUAAUUAUUUGUCAAAGCAUUAAUGAGAGGACAUUUAUUUAGUUGAGUAUGCUCACUAUUUAUGUAGUCAAAAAUUAUUCUGUAAAUUAGUUCAUCAGUGCCCACUUUUUUGUUAACACUGGUUUUCACUAAUUGCCUUUUCUUAUUUCUCUUAUUGCCACAGUUUAUUUUAAUUGAAGUUCUUGUUUAUUUUAUGUAUUUUAAUACUUAUUUGUUGAUUUUAUUAUAUUACCUUUUUGUCUUAGUUCAUCAGGUUUUACUCUUUCUUUUUACCAUUUUUAUCUUUUUAUCUCCAGUGUCUCCCAAAGGUAGCUCUUUCCUCACACAAUGUCUCGGUGUCAAGUCAGGUUUCUUUAGCAAUAUAUCUUAAAAGUUUGCUCUGUGUGUGCUUGUGUAUGUGCGCGUGUGUGUCUUUGUGUGUGUGUGGGUCUAUAGGUGUGUGUGUGGAAAGGUUGGGUUUUAUUGUUGUUUUUAUCCUCUGUAAGGCACUACAUUCUUGUACGGAAAGUGCCAUAUAAAUUAAGUUUAAUUUAAAUUUGAAUUUACAAAAUUAACAGUGAAGGGAACAACGAAAUAAAUGUUUAGUCACACUCUAAUGUAUAUAUACAGUAGACUUAAGUGUGUGAAUAGUGUCGCUGUUGUUGAACUUGAAAGUCCAAUUAAAAUGUGCGCUCUGCCGUCUCAAGACACAAGCUUAAGUUUAGAUCAAUUUUUAAACAGAUGAAGAGAAGCUCCAAUGUGGACGGCUGUUUCUUCGCUCCUCUUGUCUCUCCUCAGCUCUGAGCUCAUAACCUCAGGGAGCGUGUUCAGCUCCAUGUUUCCAUCAUGGUUGACAUCAUGAGCUACAGAGAAGAUCGAUUGUAACACACACGACAUGUUGACCGCCAGUAUGACUCUCCUUUCAACUAGAGCAUCACACACACAGAUGCAGAUUGCCCUGGUAUGAGACUGUAUUACAUUCAGUGAAUGAACAGGGACAAUAAAGGCUGUUAGGACUUGAACUGAUAACACAAGAUAACAGACUGUUUUUUAUUUUAUUUUAAAAGCAGUUAAUGAGUUUGUGUGAACUUAAUGUGAUAAAUAAGAGGGCUGUAUAUUUCAUUGUUGUACUCCUUGUUAUCCUAAGCUAACAUGCAAACUCCAUUCCUCCUCAGAGAAAGGUGACAUUCAGUUACAGUGCAGACUCUCACCUUGUCAUUCUGAAGUUUGUAAAUUAAGCGAGAGGCUAUCUUAGACGUUCAGGAUGCCUCUGUGCAUACAGAGUAAACUACAGUCAUACUUACGCUUUACUCUCUGAGGUAUCAGAAUACACACCGCAGAAAGGAUAAAAAAUCUUUAAGAAAGAAAAAUGAAUAAUUGAUAACAAUCUAUUCUCAGGGGCUAUCAUAUUAAAUCUGAAGAAAUUCAAGGACUCAGACUCUGGACAAACACAAGAGAAGCAUCAACUUCCUGUGCGCAAAGAAGAUCUUAUGAACACAAAAGAGGUCAUAGAUGAAACUGAUAGGAUGGUGUCUAUCUGCUGCAGAAACUUCAAAGUUUGGAUGGUGAACUUGUUCAGAUAAAGAAAAGGGUUUAUAUAUAGGAUACUCAUCCAUGCAUUAUGCAUACUUGCUUUUGCACACUCCACUAUUUGAUCUCUUCAUUAUUUAUUCAUUUGGGUUGGCUGAGGUACAUUGUGAGUGAUUACAUAAGGACCAUCACAUUACUCACUCUCUCCUGCACUCUAUCACAAAUGCACACAGACACACACAGAUCUUUAAGCAUACAAUAAAAGUGCCUUCAAACCGACUUCAUACGUCAAAUGAAUCUGAAUAUGUGUGAGCCAGAAGAGACUUAAUGAGUGGACAAUGACUCACUCAACAGAUUAAAAAAAAACAGAGAUGUGUCUGUAGUGAUUGAAGUUAUAAAGUUCACACUCACACAGACACACACAACCACUCCAGACAAUAUGUCAGUGUCACCAUGUGGAGACUUAUGGUGCAGCUGUGAUCAAAACCAGAUCCAAACCAUGAUCAGAACCAUGGACAGCAGCUGUAGCAACAUAUUUACAGAUACUCAUCAAACAAUUUACCUCAAACCACACAGCAUGUGAGUUUAAGGGUUACAUUUAGGUUCAGACUUAAUUAUUUUAAUUAUCAGAUUUUUUUUAGUCUUACUUUCAAAUAUGCUUUAAAACUAAGUUUUGUAUUUGGUUGUUUUAUCAGUGGGACCCUUGUAGUCACCAGGGUAACAAUGUUGCUGUUAGUACUCACCACUCCACUGAUGGCACCACUGUAUACAAAGGCUAGCGUAAGCUGGCUGUAUGUCUUUGCUGUCACUGAACUCUGAAGCUGUUCCAUCCAUAAAGACCUUCCAUGAAGGCUCUAAAACACAAGUAACACAAUUACUGUAGUUAAUGUAACACAGCUAACACAUUUUGACUCUCCUCUAGCAGCCGCUUGUUUGUGGGGGAGCCCUGGCAAGUAGAUCACCAGGUGUAAUGAAGUUUCGCAGCUCAAGGAAGAACAUUUAUGAUUAUUACUUCAUGGAAAUGCAGUCAGAGUUCAUGUGUAUCUUGUUUGUGCACUGCAGACACAGUUGUUUUUCUGCCUUAGCAUCUCGGUCUGAUUGCAUUUCCGUGAAGUAAAAAUCAUAAAAUUUCCAUUGCACUCAGUAAUCGACUUGUCAGGGCUCCUGAUGAGCAGCUGCUGGAGGAGAGUAGGGGAGUUGUGUUUAGUCUCUUUGCUUAAGAAACCAGGCAAAGCUUGAAAGAUGUUUGGUGGCUAGAGCUAUGGCUAGGGCCCUAUAUGUACUGUUGAUGAAGCUAGGUGCUGUUCUGAGCAUUAUUUGUGGCUAUAAAGUGGCUUUUUGGUUGAGGUUUACACGUGGAGAUGUAGACCGUUGUGUAUUGCUAUCGUGCGGUCGUUACUGAAGUUGGUAUAACAAGAGAAGCAAGCAGUCAGCAACAUUCAUCUCUCGAGGGGGUGUCUGACUCAGUGUUAUGGUGUGUUUGACCAUAACUUGAAUUAACACUGGAAUAUCCCUUCAAGGUCCACUGAAAAAAAAGCAUCAAUCGGACCUUUUUGAAAAAGUAUGAAAUGACAUUAUGUAUAAAUCUGAUCUAGAAAGCUAUGUUUGUAUAUUCAAGGUUAAGCAUUUAGACAUCUUUUCCAUAGUAUAAUUUGAUUAAAUUUGAAAGAAAAACAUCAGGGGCAUGAAGUUGAUCAGGUUUUAUUGAAACCAAGGUACUACAGCUUCCAACCUUUAGACAGUCUAAAUAACUGCUUUGGUAGUUCUGGGAUUGAAGAUAUUUCUCUUUCAUUUUUUCAGCUCAAGAUUACUCACAUUUCCACCCUGUUCCCUGUUGAUAUAGUCUAACAUAAACUGUAAUCAGAGUUUUCAACAUUGACAACUGUGAAUAGGGAAACACUGGAGUAUGUGGGGGCAAGCGGCUAUUAAGAUAUAAUCAUUUCGCUUUUUCUAAGUUUCUUUAUGAAUUAAAUUUAUCGAGGUCAAAUGAUGUGAUUCCCCAUUGAAAAUGACAGAAACCAAGAAGUGUGACAGUGCAGCUUGUGGAUGGUUGUACCACUUUCCGUGUGUGUGAGUAAAAAAAAAGGUCUGCUUCAUAAACACAAUUGUUUAUUUAAUCAACAUUGACCCAGACUGGUUAGUGAGGCAUGCUGUGUUCACACACACGCACAUAAAAUCGCACACACCCUCUCAUAUUCAGGACACAUUAGGAGCAGAUUGCUCCUGCCUGAACAAACAGACACACUUUAGCUGUCAGUGAAAAUAGCUUUAAUUCAUCCCCCCAGACCUGUGCUGUUGCCAUCAACAUGAGACAAUUCUGUGGCUAGUUCUUAGAGAAAAUGGCCUCAGAGCAGCAGAUUACAAGGCUUAAAGUCUGACAAAUAUACCAGCAUAAAUAGUGUUAAAUUUUCACACGAGUCAAAAAUAACUGCUAUUAUUAUGGGUGAGACACUGUAUACAGUGUAUGACAUGACUCACAUUCACCUGAGCAAAGACCUAUUGUUGUUAGUGUUUUUAAUACUCUUAGAGGGAGAGUGAAUUAAAAAGAUGAAAAUACUUUUAUACUUACUAAAUACUUUUAUGGCUUCAAUGUAUUAAUCUAAAUUUCCGGUCUGCUUUUUUGUCUCGUCCAAAUUGCCCAGUGACCUAAUAAUACAAUACAAAAAACUAACACUGUGAUAUGAUGGAAAAGUAAUUUUUCAAAAUCAUUUAAACAAACAAAUGAAUAUGAUCCUGUGCUCUGACAUAUCCCUGCCAACCCACUGCUGCACCGAGAUGAAGAAAGAGAGAUCCCUUAAUAGGCUUCAACAUUCAUGAAUACAGAUUAGUUUAUUCGUUUUCAGAUUAACAGGUCCAUCCAAACAUUUUACUGUAGUUUUUAUUUGUUGUAAUUAUAUGUUUGCUAUAGCCUAACAACAUGAGUGGGGGAAAAAGGUGUUAUUUUUCUUUGCUGUUUUAAUUACGAGCAUUUACUGACGGCCAUUGUGUUAAUAGAGAUAAUAUCGCUACUGUGUGGGAAAUGAUCCAGAGGGUUAUAAGUAUCACUCCCUGGAUUCAAUCUGUCAUGAUUGUAAAUUUUGACCCCAUAUUUUGCGUGGCAAAUGGCUGUUUAGUUAUCCAAAGUGUGCUAGGAUACAUAGCAAAGCGUACCAGGCUGCAUGUCUUCCUCAUCUGUUCAUAAGUAUAUUAACACUCCGAUCUUUUUUUUUUUUUUCUUCACUACUUCAAGUGUUCUCAGUGGUCAUUAAAUUGUGAUUAUGAAGUUUUUAGCCAAAAUCAUGUUACCUGUGUCAUUUUCAAGGACUUUUCUUCUGCAAAGCUUCAGUAGCUCAUUAGUAAUUCACCCCUGAGUCAUGGGCGGAGACAGUGCUGCUCUGCACACUCCUCUUCAUGCCAGCUUGCAGCUUAACAUUGCCAGUGUAGUAGAAGUAGCAGGUUACAUAGAAGCUAUUCAGCUCUCUGACAUUAUAAUGUCUUUGGGGACAUGAUGAAAGUUAAUAUCAUAAUUAGCUUUCUUACAAGCAUUGCAAUCUGCUAAUGCACAUGCUUGUUCUGCUAUUGUUUUCUCUUAUUUCUCAGAGUGUGACCUGCAUAGCGAGGCUCCAGGGGCGAAGCUUGGAUUUGCUACAUAGGAAAUCUCAGAAGUGCAAUUUUGCACUUAUUUUUCUCACAAUAUGUCCUGUAGCAUCAGAAAAAAAAUUUCUAUAUGAACAUGUAGACAACAAGAAAAACAUGAUUUUCAUCUGAGUGGGUCUUUAAACCCUGUAGUGAACUGUUUGUUUAGUACACAACUCUAACUUAAUAUCAUCAAAGUAAUCUAAAGCACCUGUUCAUCUGUUUCAAGAAGGUCUCUGUUAAAUAGUGGACAAUAAGUUACACAGUGGCUUCACUUUGGCUUGCUACAGUGGAAUUAACCAGAAAUGUGUACUUGUUUUCUUAUUAUUCAUUUAAACAUUUAGUUUUCUGAAAUAAGAAAACAGCAGUAAAUACUUGUAAAACUGUGAACUUGGCCAGGUCUGUCUUCAGUCGGAGAAGGAGAGAACUUUUGAAAAACUUGUUUGUUGAAUAAAGCUAAGAAUAGUCUAGAAGAGGUCACUCAGCAUGCAGAUUUCCCUUGCAAGGAAUAACUUUGAAUGUGAUUGAAAUGAAUGUAAGGAAUGUUUUGGGGUAACAGUGAGUACUACUGUAUAUCAUUGGUCAAAUGUGGUCCCUCUAAUAACUGACAACCUGCAACAGGACACCUAUUCUAAACCUUAGCUAGACUAUCAGACCAGAAACUUGUUCUCUGCUCCUCUACAUAAUGAGAACACAAAGGGCACAUCAGUCUUGAACCCUGUGCACAGACGUACGCAUGCCCACGUGGAUUCAUAAAGCACUCAAACAGAUGAGAUUGUACAACUGCAUACCAUAAUGUUCGUGCAUAUUGCUGCAGUGCCCUUGUGUGUGCUGCUGCUACUGACUACAUGAUUGAAAAUAAACCUCACGCUGCUCUUUGAGUUUCUCUGAAUGGCAGUGUAAUUGGAAACUCUGAAUCAGUUCAUUGCAUUCAUGCCGCCUUCACUUCAUUCCUCACAUCACUACCCCCCCCCCCCCCCCACCUUUGAUUUUUCAAAUGUGUGCCUGACCUGCAUUGUAAAAUCUUAUCAUCCCCAAUCCUCCUAUUAAUGGAGACAAUCCUUCCUUCUUACACUCUGUAUGAUAAGAGACUGAGUUUAACACGCUCUCUGUGUUGCUCUGCUGUACGUCUUCUUCCUCCCUUUCCAUUCAUUUUAUCAUCUCCUCAUAUUGUUCUCCUACUCUUUCUGCAAUGCUUACUCCCAAAUUGCCCAAGUCCUUUUCUCACUGUUUUUUUACUCUAUCUUGAAGCGUAAAAUUUGGACUUUUUUCUACUCUGCAAAUACCACUCAGAGUAUUUUAUUUUUGUCUGUACGGGAGUCUGUGUGUGAUCUGCACAUCCAGUUCUUCAGAGUUUUUCAGAGCUGAUACAGAAGACCAAUAAUUACCUGCUCCUGGUGCCUGGCACUGAUCAGAUCUGUCAAUCAGAUUGUGAAUAUCUGCAGAGACCACAUCUCACAAGACAGGUAGGGAUUUGUCUGCCAGGAUCUAAAUGUGUUAUUAGCUGAAAAAGGUUGCCACAAGUUCAGGGGUGUUUUUUAUUAAUUGCUUUAGCUUUCAGCCUGUCUCUGGUAAACUUUCUGCAUUUCUAAAGGCUGUUGAAACCGCAUUACAGCACUUUUUUUGUUAUUGAUGCCUUUCCUGCUUACUCACAGCACAUGUAGAGCAAAUCGCUUAAAGUUACACUAAUCAGCUUGGGCACAAACUUAAAUUGACUGGAUCAUGUUUACACAUGGUUUCUUCUUUGCAUGGUGCAGUUUUAGUCUGCAUUUAUGGAUAAGUGGGGAACUGCAGACAAUAGUUUUUGAAGGAGAUUUUAGCCCACUCAGUGAUCUCCACAACAGAGUGAAAGGGGGUUAACGUGGUGCGAACAUUUGCACAACGGACAGGACCUGGAGGAGUUAAACGUUACCUUCAGCAUUUAAAGCAGAUGACGCCGAGACGUUAGCUCUGCUCCUGCUUUUACCUGUACCAGUCCCUCCUUUGCUAAGUAGCGCAUCAAACAUGUUACACUUCUGCAAAUUAAUUGCAUGCUGGGUGGAAAAUUUUUUCAGCAUAUCGUAAGUAUUUCCCCCCUUCAAUGAAAUUAAAGCUGUGCAAGUGUUGCGAGUAGCCUCAGUAUCAUCAUUUCACGUGAAAUACAGCCAAACUCUGGAGUGCUUUUGCCUUGACGCCAUGCUGAACACACUUCUUGCGUACUACUUCAUCACACAUAGAGACGUAAAAGAAACUGAUAAGCAGAAUCGUCAAGGAGGUAGACAAACAAUUCUUAGGAAUCGAAUCAAUGGUGUUUUUUAAGGCCUAGGCUACAGAUGGACUUGCUUUCAACUGUGCUUACAGAAAUGCAAGAUGGCUACCAGGCAUUGGCAGCAUCAGCUGUGACAUGAAUGUGAAGUUCAGCAUGCACAGAUCAAAUGAUGGACGGAUAUUCCAUCAUUGAUCUGUGUCGUCGUCCCCCCCCCCCCUUUCCUUCCUUCCUUACUUCCGUCCUCUUCACUCCAACUGUCCACUGCAUUGCCACAUUAAUGCUGACUGCAUCACUCUCUGUCAGUCUCAGUAUCCAGGUAACUCGCUCUCCAGUCCCUAAAAACUGGCCCUCAUAGUCUAGGUCCUGCUCUCCCCAUUCAGAUCCUAACUUGCACAACAACCCAUUCACAACUCCUGAGCCCAGUAGUCCUGAAAGCAAGAAAAGACAGCUUCAUUCACAGCACAGUAAGUGAAGGGGAAAAAUGGACCAAAGACAUCCUAGGGAAACACAAAGUAAAGCUGCUGCCACUAGGCUUAUCCAUCAUACAUGAAGGGCUGAUAUAUAAUGUGAUCCAAUGACAAUGUGAUACAGCUCAGGACAGUGGAGAGUGACACAGAGAGAGAUAAAACAGACAGGGUUUGUCUCUGAUGUCUGCUUGACUCUGGUUAAGUCCAGACCAUCAACACUGAUCUACUGUUGCUGCUGUCCCCAGACACAGAUUAAUCCCAACUGAACAACUGGCUGCUUCACCAACUCAAUAAUUAGUGGUCAUAAAAAGACAACAGAAACUGUGUAAUGAAUUAACUCACUGCCUGAUGCUUUCACAAAUCCCACAGGGGGGUAUAAUUAGUUUUUAUGGCUCUAUCUUGACCCCGUACAUGACUUAGGACACGUCUAAGCUUUUCGCCCUGCUGAUGGCCUUGUGAGCUGUACAGCCUUGUGUGCACAUCCCCACUCAUUCUUUGAAGCUGUGUGUGUGUGUGUGUGUGUGUGUGUGUGUGUGUGUGUGUGUGUGUGUGUGUGUGAUGAAGAGGACAGUAGUCCUUGUAGAGACAGCAUUUUUCAAUUACACCUUUCAAAUUUAAGCCUCCAGGAUAUCACAUAUCCUUAAUGUCUUUGAACCACCCAGACUAAUGUUUAAGUUAUGAGGCUUGUCUGUUGUAAUAGUUCCUGUCAUUAUCUAACCAUGAGACUGUUGAAUUUUAUCCUGAUGCCUGUCCAGUAGUGAAAACUUUCCACCCUGCAAGUCAAGAAUAAAAUAAAUUUAGCGCUGAAAAAAGAAUGUUGAAUAAAAAUGGACUUUAGAUUUUAGGGAUCUCAGUUAGUUUUAAAGGGAAUUUGGAAAAACUAAUCUGGAUGUUUGGGUCAAUGUCAGCUGUAAUUGAAUGUAAAUUGUUGAGUUGCCAACAAUGCUUUUCUCAAUCUUUUCUGUUCAGUUUCUAGGACAAUGUUAAUUCACUUAUCAUCAAACAAGAACUUGAGCAAUUGUGUAACAUACACAGUAGUUUGCUUUUUAGCUCCAGAGUUGGAGCUUCUUUGAAUAGAAUAGAAUAUUCCUUUAUUGAUCCCCCAUGGGGUACUUUUUUUUGCCAGAGCAGCAACACAGACAAAGAAAGUGCAAAAAUCUUAAAGCAGGCAACUGGACUCUUCAAGAUAACCAUGACCUGGAUGAAUGAGAAUCUACAUGUACAAAGUGCAAAAAUGCAGUUAUAAAAAUAAAGAUCGUAAUUUUAAGAACUUAAAUGUUACAAUGAAGAAAAAAAUUAGAGAAGGAAAAAGGGAGAAGAGAAUAAAACUAUAUAUAAUAUAGAAUUACAAUUAUUACAAAAAUUACAAUUUAAGUACUGGAUGAAUGAAUGAAUAAGGAGAUGAACAACAGAUGAUGAGGUAUCAGGAUGGUCAUGGUUAAAUAACUGUACAUGAAUAGUGAAUAUUAAAUAGAUUAAGGUGUGAGUCCAGUUUUGUUACAGUUUGUUGUAAAGUCUUAUUGCAGAAGGGAGGAAUGACCUGCGGUAGUGCUCCGUCUUGCAAGGUGGGAGUCUCAGUCUGCUGCUGAAGGACCUGCUUAAACCCCCACAGUCUGGUGCAGUGGGUGAGAGGGAUUGUCCAUGAUGGAUACAAACUUUGUUAACAUCCUCCUCUCACCCACCUCCUCCAGAGAGUCCAAAGAACAGUCCAGGACAGAACUGGCCCUCCUGACCAGUCUGUUCAGUCUCUUCCUGUCCCUCUCGGUGCUCCCUGCCCCCCAGCAGACCACUGCAUAGAAAAGUGCAGAUGCUACCACAGAGUCAUAUAAAGUCCUGAGCAGAGUCCUGCACACUCCAAAGGACCUCAGUCUCCUCAGCAGGUGGAGACGACUUUCGCCCUUCUUGUACAGGACGUCUGUAUUGGUUGACCAGUCCAGUUUAUUGUUGAGAUGGACACCCAGGAAUCUGUAGGACUCCAUCAUCUCGAUGUCCAGACCCUGGAUGUUCACUGGAACAGUCUGAGGUGUCCUCCUCCUGUGGAAAUCCACGACUCUCUCCUUUGUCUUACUGGCAUUUAGCUGGGGUGGUUUGUGUCACACCAGUUGACGAAGUCAGUGAUGACAGUCCUGUAUUCCCGCUCAUCCGCUGAUGAUACACAUCCUAUGAUGGCUGUGUAAUCAGAGAACUUCUAGAGGUGACAGCUCCCAGAGUUGUAGCUGAAGUCCAAGGUGUACAGGGUGAAGAGGAAGGGGGAGAGCACUGUCCCCUGUGGAGCCCCUGUGCUGCAGACCACCAUGUCCGACACACAGUUCUGAAGCCUCACAAACUGUGGUCAGUCGGUGAGGUAGUCCACGGUCCAUGCAGCUAGGUGACAGUCCACUCCCGCCCUCUCGAGCUUCCCCUUGAGCAGUGAAGGCUGGAUGGUGUUGAAAGCACUGGAGAAGUCAAAAAACAUGACCCUCACAGUGCUGCUGGUGUUCUCCAAGUAAGCCAUGGACCUCUGCAGCAGGUAGAUGACUGCGUCGUCCACCCCGAUGUUCGGCUGGUACGCAAACUGCAGAGGAUCCAGAUGAGAGCUCACCAGGAGGUGAAGGUUCCUCAGCAUGAUCCUCUCCAGAGCCGCCACAGGUCUGAAGUGGUUGGGCUCCCUGGGGUGUGCUGUCUUGGGGACAGUAAUCAUGCAUGAAGUCUUCCACAGUGCUGGGACCCUCUUCAGACUCAGGAGAUGUCGACAGAAUCAGCAGGUGCAGUGACAUUUUCGUGCUCGCCACCAGCGUAGAAAGCUUGCCGAUUCAAACCUGGUCAGCUUUCAGCGCAGGCGGAGCACAGCUGGUCUAGUGGUAUUUUGGUAGACCGGUGGCGUAUCGGCACCGAUGCCUCACAGGCAGGUUUCCACGGUGUCAGGCACAUUUCAGUGCAAUAAAUAAUCAUCAACAACUAAUAAUCUGAGUCAGCACAUACAUUUAGAUAUAUAUAGAUAUAUUCUGAUCUAUAUCUGAUCUGGUCUGCGUUUGGCACGCGUUUGGACACACAACCUGACCGAAUCAACACAGCUGAAACCGCAUUAAAUUAGAUUAAAUAUCAAGUGAAACAUAACCAUGACCCAUGAAUAUUAUUUUGAUUAUGAAGGGUUUCAAAGGUAUAAUUUCAGAAGAAAACGUUCUUCAGUCUUUCUUAAAUUGGCGAAGUGGAUAUACAAAAGUACGUGUUUGGGCUUUAGGGUUUUGGGGUAGUAUUUUGUCUGUCUUCACUCAAUGUGGCUUUAUGCCCCCUUGGAGUAGCACUGCCAGACAGCUGAAUUUGAGAGUUUGUGGACUUCCUGGGUUUAAGACAUUAACCUUGCGCAACCAUCGUGAAGAGGAGGCAGAAGAGGCACCACUGUCAAGCAACACAACAGCAAGUGCUCAAGAGCCAGAGGCUCAAAGAGGCCAUCACAAAUAUGUUGCAAAAGUUGAACAUAUCCAGACAUUUGCAUGUUGUAUUCCAGAUUCGUUCAAAGUCCAUCUUUUGAAAAAUUUACAGAAAGGGCAUGGAUGACUGUAUCAGAUCCCCUCAGAACUCAGUUUCUGUAGAUUUGGUUGUUUACAGCUUGGUGCGUUGGGUAAAUAAAGUCUUACUGCAAAGAUAAGCCAAGAUUUGCGUGCAUAUUAAAGGAAUGGAUUUGGCCAAAUUCCAUGUUUUUCAUCAGGUUGAUCCAUCUCACAAAGCUUUCAGCUGGUGCAUUAGUUCCCAUUUAGAGAAUGAUAAGACCAGUUGGUGUAAGUUGCUAUGGGCAUGUUGAGCUGUGACAAUUGCAAGCCAGAAAAUAAUGGCUGCCCGUGAAGUGAUCAGCAUAAAUGCAUCUAUAGUGCCAUUUUUCGAAAAAUUGUGUGUCAGGUGAGUAUGAAUAAAGCAACCUUCUAAGAGUUAUUCCAAGAAAAUUAUUUUAAUCACAACAGUUUCCAAGAAUCCUUCAAGUUCAGACAAGAAGGCUAAAGUUAUUCUCAAAGCAUCUGCUCUUAAGAGAGUUCUGUGGUGAGGAGGAAUUUGCUGAGGCUUAAAACUGAAAAAUAAAUAUAAAAAUAACUGAGAAAAGUGAAGAAUAAGCACACACUACAGUGCAUUGAUCAUAUUUGAAGUAGAUCAUAUAGGAUAUGUGCUGUAAGAGAUCUAGAAACUGGAAAAAUACAAGAAGCAACACCAAAAGAGUGGGGUAUAACAUCAGCAGCAACAAUGUGAAUAAAAGAACAAAAACAACAGUAUCAGAAGGUCAAUGUGACAUGGCAUGCUGAAUUCAAGGAUUCUUUCUAGCUCUAAUCAUCCACUGAAGAGUGCAGAGCAAGUACAUGUCAGUAAUUUAUCGGUCUUAGAUGGCAAUCAAAGAGGGUCAAAAAUGUGAUUCAUGGUCAACAAAUGCAAUCUAGUGGUAUAGAAAUACCAUCCCCAGGCACCAUCGAUGUGUGGGAAAUUCUGUAUUUAAUUCUGCACAGAAGCAUGUGUAUUACAUACAGUUUAUUGGUUUUAUGCUUUUGAAGUAUGGUUUAUAGUCAUUCAAUGGAGAUAUUGUAACUUUAAAUGCCUCAAAGUGGUGGAGGGGUUAGGUGUCAGCCAAGCAACUGAAGAAAAAGCCCUGUUUUUACAAUUCCCAUGUUAAAUAUUCAUAAUGAGAGAUACACAUGACUUCAAAAGUCUGCAGAUUUUUUUUCUCCAGAAAGUAAGGAGGAAAUAAACCAAGACGGUUUCACACACUAACGAGGUGCUAACGAGGAUCACAACAAACAAGUGAAUGAAGCUUGAAGCUUGAACCACAAGAUUUUCACACCUGAUUUUGAUCUUAUAUCUCUAUUCAAAGCCACAUCACAGAAAGUGAAUUACUGUUUUUUCGUUCUCCAAUUUUUAUGAUUAAAAUGGAAAACGGUUUGUUUAAAAACCAUUAGAGCAACAUCAGGGACUACCAGAUCCAAGAUGACUUAACAUAUGUACAUCAUCAAUCAGCAAAGGGACAAAAGGCAUCAUUUCGUUGCCAAAAUCAACACAAACUGGUCUUGGAGCUUUACAGUCCUCAGAUUUGAUUAUACAUUAAAACAAAAGAACAUGAUCGUUAGAUGAUUGUUACAGUUUUUUCUUAAAUACAUAGAAGACCUACAUUUGUGUCUUGUGUAGCAGUUCUGAUGCUGUUUUGGAUUUGUAAACUUUGACCCAAUAAGAACAGAGAAUUGGAAAAAGGAAGAAACCACAGCCUUUGAGGAAGUGGAUUUUAUUUGGUGUCUUGUGUAUUCUGGUAUGUAGUGCAAAGAGGAGUAGGGCAUGGGUUACCAUGUGGUAAGAGCACCAGAACACCAGCGGCUCUCACACAUUACAUACGAUCAUGUGCUCAGGUUAGGUUCACCAAUAAAUCAUGUUAAAUACACCCAGACUUAAAACAUUUCCCACAGACACAACAAGGGUAUUGAUUGUUGAAUAACGACAGGUCAUGUUGUUCCAAACCUUAAUCGUUCCUGAGGUCAUUUUGGGACAACUCAUGCUGGUCAUACCCCCUCAGACACAUCUUGGUAAACAAUCCCACCCUCAAAUCAGCUGACUCAUGUCAGGUGAAGUAGUGCAAAGAGCUUGUUCCUGCUUCAGCCCCAAUUGAUCAACCCUGGGCCUUAAACUAGUUGGAUCAGAAAAGUUAUUAAGAUCUCCUUUGGUGUCCUUCUAUCAUCAUUCAUUUUUUCCAAUAAUGUCACUUCUCCAAAGGUUGAAAAUCAAGCGAUUUUUAAAGCUGAUCUUUGAGCACAAGAGGUUUUCUAACAAAAGAAAUUAAAAGAAAAACUAAACUGGUUCUCAGUGCCUUCAGUUAAGAUUUUUUAAAGUUGUGCUUUUAGCAAUGAGGGCCAGUCCAAAAGCCCUCAACUAUGCCUAAUAUGCAAAGCCUAAAGAAGGGGUAGUGAUGCCAUUGUGCUACAGUAAUAUUUGUUUUCUUCCCAGGACACCUGAGGGGAUUCUUACUACCAUUUGGACUUCUAUUUUGACACUCUCAAGCAGAGGCAUUAAAGCAGCCGUGAGCCUCCUCACAACAUGUUGGGCAUCAAGCUGUGAGGAUAAACAAUCCUCUAACUCCAAAAGUCUUAAAACUUAUCACGAAUCCCAGAAAGCGUUGACAGGAGUAAAAACAAGACUCUUUGUUUUCAUUGUCAUCGCUCAUUCCCGUUAUCCCUCUCGUACAUCUGUCAGUCUUGUAUAGAUGUGAUCCUCUGAAACACCAUCAGCUGAUAAGUCAAAGUGUAAAAGUAGUAAACCCAAAGGGGAAAGAGACCAAAUGAGUACAUGUUGCAGAGCUGCAUGUUGUUCAGAGAUUUAUGGUGCUUUAAAGCAGAAUCUCAAACUCUAUAGUCAUCUUUUAGACUGCUACUUUGCUUUCUGGUGCAAAUUUGUGAUCUCAUGUCACUUUUGAUUGUUAUCUAUAAUACACUCAAUUUGUAUUUGAAUACUUUGAUUUAUAGAAUGAGCAAUGAUGAGCCAGUGAGUCCAAAGUAAUUCAUUUGUAUGUUAUCUAGCAUGCUUAAGGAUGCUAUAUAACAUACAAAUGGAUAUCCCAGCGUAAAUUUCAGUAAACUCCACUGCUGGAGAAGAGUAAGUGAGUUGUGUUUAGUCUCUUUGCUAAAGAAAUUAGGCAAAGAUAAUGAGAUGUUUGGUGGCUAGUGCUAUGGCUGGGACCCUAUAUGUACUGUUGAUGAAGUUAGGUGCUGUUCUGAGCAUUAUUUGUGGCUAUAGAGUGGCUUUUUAGUUGAGGUUUGUGCAUGGAGACAUAGAUCGCUGUGUAUUGCUAUCGCAUGGUUGUUGCUGAAGUUGGUAUAACCAGAGAAGCAAGCAGCCGGCAAAAUUCAUCUCCCAAGGGGGGUUUCUAACUCUGUGUUACGGUGUGUUUUACCAUAACUUAAAUUUACACCAGAAUGUCCCUUUAAGAAAAAGAGGCAUUGUGUUAUUUUUUAUCUCUCUUAUGCAGACUUAUAAGUUCUUGUAUGUUAUAAGUGAUCAAAACCUUCAGAUAGAGCAGAUAGUCCAAACACUGAAACUGUAUCUUUACUCUGAAUGAAAACAGGAGCAGUUAAGCUCUGUCGCUGAAACCCUCCUGUGCUAAUUGAAGGUCAGCGUCUCUUCCCUGAUGUCCGUCACUCCCUCCUACUUUUAUUUGUGUGCACAGCUUGUUCAUGAGUGUGUUCUCAGCAGCAACCUGUCUCAUGCACAUUUCCCUCUCUUCUUGUCACUAGGAUUGAUUUCCCAUCAUUUUCUCUUGCCUCUUAAUCUUGAGACGGAAAGAGCCUGAGGCUGGUUAGAAAAAUUGCACAGGCAUCAUGAUGAUAAUUGAUGUCUCUGCUCAGCUCAGCUCCAUACACUGACAGCUGAGCGCCAACUCUGACUGACAUCUGGAGAGGUGUGCUUAUUGGUUCUUGCAAGAGAUUCCUGGUCCGAGUUUAAUUCUCAAUUUUAACAGAUUGAUCUUCACUUGCCUCUGAAAACAAACAGACAAAAAAAUCCCAGCUUGCCAGUGAGAGUGCUGCCAUUCAAGCCUGCAGAUACCCUUACAGGAGCACUUCUCUCUCACCCUUUUUUGCUUCUUUUCUGUAGCACAGACACCACUGAAGUCAGCACUGUGUGAUAUUUACAGGAUACCCAUGAGUGCAGAUUUGGACUUAAUAUCAAUACUACAUGUAAUUGGACAUAGAGUAUCAGGAAAAGAGUGAGAAAUAACAGAUUGAUGAGCAGAAAAGCGUAUCGGACAGCUUUAUUGUGUAUUGAUCGCACCGUUCAGACAAGUGUAAUUUAACGGUCACCAACUACUCUCUUGUGAUGACCUGUCACUUUAACCUGCUGUGUUUGCAUAUCAAUUUGUGCCUCAGCUCAGGAAAAGAUUGGGUCAAAUUGGAGCAAAAAUUUGUCGUUUCAAGUGUGCAGAACAGUAUGGAAACACACACUCCAGUAAACGUUAAGCUGUUGGGAGGCUGUUUCUGAUUUAUCCUGACUGGUGGUGUUGUCACAGCAAACUCCUGGGUAGUUUGUGGUUGCAAAUCAAAGCUCUGACCUGCUUGCACACACGCAAACUUCUACUUUUUUCAACUCAGUCUGGCAUUUGACACAAUUUUUAGGUCAUACAGUCAGACAAUUCUGCAAAGUCACGCUAAGACUGUUGAUAAUAUCUGUGUGUAGAAGCAGGUUUGUGAGUCUCUACAGAGCAGACUCAGCUCCAUGAAUAAUGAACUGUGAGAUGAGGCUGGGGCAAGUGCAAGCUGUACAGGGGGAUUAUUGAAGGGAUGAUACAACAUACCAGCUCUGACACUCAGGUUACAUGGACUAUGUCUCUAUGAAACAGAUGAGUCUCACAAAGAAUGCUGUCAGGGCAGCUGUGGUUCACUGAGCCCCAGAUUACUCCCAGUGGGAAAGUGAGUGCUUUGUGAAUAACCAUGUAUGAAUGAGAGUAGUUAAUACUGAUGGGCACUGAAGCGUCUCCUGCCAUCAGUGUAUGAAUCGGUGCAGUGCAUGAGUUAAUGUGACAUGUAAUGUAAAAGCUUUGAGUGGACUGGUGACUACAUGAAGUAAUUUGUUAUUUUGUCCUUUACUGUAAGAUUAGUAUUCAAACAUGCAGAGCCCAAUCUAGAGUGUGCUGGGGCCCCAAGCAAAAAUUCUCAAGGGGCCCCUCUGACAAGCGUUUAACAUAUAAAUUAUCUGAAACCAACAAAAAAGGUCAGAAACAUAAACUUUUUAAAAACAUUUAUCAUUAUUACUACAUAAAUUUAAAAUUCCACUCUAAAAUAGCUACAGCUCUGGUAUGUUUUUACCACAAUAGCCAGCACCUCACCCUUGUUCUUAGACUUGGUGUCUGAGACUUACUUCAGUAUGUUAUAUGCUCCAAAACUGAUUGUCUUUUAUGCAGACAGCACACUGUCUAAAUUUAGAUCCUAAUUUCAAAGUAUCAAUAGUGUAAGAGUUAGGCUAGUUAGGCACAAUUAUCAUUAAUAGCAUUUUGUUAACAGUAAAAGCUGCUGUCUUGGUUAGCCCAAAUCACUCCAUUACCGGUGUUCCAGUUACUUUGGAGAAAUUUCAGUAUUGUACCUUACAACCACACUUUCUCUCUCUCAGCUAACCUUAUAAGACAGUGUGGGUGUGUCAACACACAUUAACAGCAAGUCAACGAAGCGGGAACACCAGGCUAACGUCUCCUGCUCCGCUAAGACGGCUAACUAACUAGCAAACAAUUAACAGCCAGCCUUACACCUAAUGCUAGUUAAAGUGUUUGCCACACUUCACUAUCUGCUCCACUUACCGCUGUUUAAGGUGUCAUUGCAAUUUGACCACUAGUUGUUUAGUGUGGUUGCAAUAUUUUAUGACAUUUUUGUGGAGUAAUGUUCGUCAGCCCUUGGGGGCUCCUGAGUGGCCUGGGGCCCCAAGCAACUGCCUGCCUUGUCUGUUGUCAAGCUCUGGCUUAGGGUGGGGUGGUGAUAAGGUAUUAAGGUAUACCAACAGUGUCUUUUAAAAGCAACAGUAUCAGUCAUAGCAAUGGUGCUAUGUUUUGUAUGCCCGGGUUGUUAUUACCUUAACUCCGUCAAAGUUUAUCCAAUCAGAAAAAUUUCAAAUGUGUUAGAAAGCUGAGAGUUUUAGGCAUGCGCCUAUAUAUAGGAUUUACUACAGUAGUCGUAACCAAAUGAGGUAUGCAGUCAUUGCAAAACACAGGAAGUAUUGGCAGAGCGCUACACAGCUUCUCAAUACCGUAACUCCUUGAAAUUUUGCUCAAUCGGAAAAAUUCCAUCUCUGACAGACAGCUGAGUAUCUGUGCUUUCUGUCAAUAUAUGAUGUUUGGUAUAUAUUACGGUAAUCUUGAAUGGUUCCACCAAAACUGCAACUUUGACAGGGGCGAGGGAGAAAGGGAGAGUAAGAGAUUGAAGUAAGACAGAGCAAGCCAAACAGAGUUUUUUUCAGAAAUAUAGUAAUAAGUACAAGUAAAUAGUAAUAAAAAGGUGACCACAAGAGAUGAAAACACUUAAAACCGAAAGAUGCAUCUACGAAUCAACGACCCACUCGCUGCUGUGAGGAUGCAUUUGGCCCUGAGUUCACUCAGUGCAGCAGCUUCAACGCCUCCCACUGAUACAGAAUCAGGACCAACAACAACUCAGUCCACCGCCACUUAAACACAGCCGACAAUAAUGGGGAGCUUCGGGAAACCAAAUAAGUACAAAAGGGACUGUGUCUGUUGUAAAACCUGCACUGAUGCAGUGACAACAUACUUAAAGAGGGAAAUGGUCUCUUUGUUUCAUUGUUAGUGUUUGGUAUUCGGUUUGUGAACGGUGUAGGCACAAGCCAACAGUUUGAUGACGCUGUCUGAGCCUUAAGUCAUAAUUUUUAAUUAGUCACGGUAAUACUGUACACUGCGGUAAAGUGUGAAGACGGUAUGAUGGUAUCAAAAUUUGGAUACCGCCCAACCUUACUUCGGCUCUGCAAAAAUGGACUGCUGGAUACUGUUGCUACUUCAUUACUGUACUUGAUUGAAUUGGAUGAUAGUGGCUGAUUUAUGACUGCUAAAACUGCCAAAUAUUUCUUUCAAUAAUGAGGGUUUUGUCAAAGACAGAGUAAGACAUAAACACAUUAUUUGCAGAGACCAUCAAGGGCAGACUAGUAGCCCAAUCCAGCUAGUCAUUUAGCAGUGAUUCAAUAAGUUGGUUGGAGCCUCUGUCUCAUCACUGUUGCUCUGUUUCCAAACAAAAACCCUAAAAGGCCAUUAGUCUGCACUUAUGUAAAGCUGAAAUGACAUUGACACUUUAUCUAUCAGCCUUUGGCAGCAGUCAGCAUGCAGAUCAGUUUAACAUGACUGCCCUGGAAGGGAAAACAAACUUGGACACAAAAACACAGGGAUGAGGCUAAAGCUUUAUUUAUUUGCAUUUUGAGGAAGAUGAAUAAUCCAUGUGUUUGGCAAAUGCUUUCCCUGCUUGUAUUUUUAAGCUGGAUGGCCUGCAGGAGUGUAAACUUUUACAAAUCCAACUUUGAAAGAUAUUUACUAAAGGUAUCCAGGAAGAUCUCCUGUUGUUGGAAGACAUAGGCAAAGCCAACACAAGGCAUUAUUUUUUAAUUGCAUUUGCUUUUGGAGGUUUGCAGUUUUGUAUUUACAUUUGUAGUGGGUUGCAUGGCUUUGUAUUUGUUUUCAAUAUUUUUGCACCGAAGUCUUUAGACUUGUUUGCAUUAAUGUUCAAAAUAGUUUCACUUUUGAUGUGCUGUAUGUUUUCCCUGAUGGAAAUACUUUGUGUCUUUCUCGCCUUUCUGCCCCUGCCUUCUAACUAGUGUUAACACAAUAUCAAAGUGUUAAACUUUGGUACAGUGCACGUAAAUAUCAAGACCUGUUUUCUUUGGAGUGUGACAAAAGUGAAACUCCUGGGCACCCAUAAUGAGACAUUUAUUUUUGAUGUCUAAUGGUGAUACAAGAAAAAGUCACUAAAUAUGGACCAACAUUUAAUCUGCUGUGUAUGGGAGAGGCAAAAUAAAUAAAUAUUUCCCAGAAUUAUCAUUCAUAAUCCAAAGAAAGUGUGAUUGUGUUUAUCUACAGAGGGUGUGUACUCUGUAUUUUUAAAAAUUUCUUACACCUAAUUUGAUUUUAAAGGUAUCAAUCAUAUAACACCUUUUCUGUACAGCUCUGCUUUUAAAAGUUAUUAGGGGGUUCAUGUUUUCUGUGAUUGACUCCUUAUACAGCCUAUUGGUGUUUAGGGAUUGUGUAGCUCUCCCGGGGAAUAUGCUGUUUGAGCCGAGCGUCAUCACGGCGACUGCGCGGCCGAAUGCGCGCAUCGUUACUGCGCAGUGCUAUGGAACCAAGUUGUCCAUAGUAUAUACAGUCUAUGGUGUGGACAUAUAAAAAGCUCUUAAGAAUGUCACUGAUUGGAAAGAAUCAGCAAAUACUUUUUCAAUUUCCAGUUCAGUACAUCAACAGAAAGGCAUAGAUAGGGCCUUGUUUUCUAUGUCUCUUAUCACCUGCAGAGUAUGUGUGGGCCAUUGCAGGCUAUCAGAUGAGUUACACAGGCUAAACAACAAUGAUCAUUGAUGGUGAUCUUAUAAAUAUAAAAGUAGAAGUGUUCAUUACUUGAACAGAUAAAAACAUACUUGGCAGCCCAGCCAGGUGUUGUCUAUGUAUUGAAAAUAGGGCAGACAAAGUUUAACUAAAGCUAUCCAUCUAAUUAAUUUGUGCCAGUUCAGUGAGUAUGUAGCAUACUGUAAAUGCACUUCAGUAUUGUUCAUGUAUCUUACUAAAAAUUUUUACUGCACAAUCCAAUCAGUUUGUCUCAUAUUAUUCAGGCUUAGGUCAGCUAGUCAGACUCCAUCUUCCUAAAUAAUAUUACUGUAAGAAAUGUACUUUUUUAGUCUUAAUAGAAGCACUCAUGGAUGCUCAUUGGGACAAACAAAAAUGGAAAUGGUUUUCUUCUAAACUUUUAUAUAAUCCGUGUCAGAUUUUCUUUUUUCCUUUGUUUUAAAGCUUGACAGUUUCAGGUUGUCUUCAAUAUUAAGUGUUUGAUGAUUUGAAAUGUAGGAGGGGCAAAAGCAGAUGGCUCUCUGAUGAGUGUGUGAGUGUUCAGACGGAAAUGUGUGCAGUGUGAACAUUAUUUUUCUCAAGGUCCAAAUAUUUUCACAUCACUGACAUUUCAAUUACUGUACACAACCUACAAUGCACCUAGUUUUCCCUUAAGGAUUUGAAUUUAAUCUAAACCUCUGCAGAAAUGCUUCCCCACAGAGGACAGAGAAUAGAUGCUUUCUCCUUGCUCUGGGGUUUUUCCACAUAUUCUCCACAACCAAUCUCUAUUUAGUAUUGGAGUUGUAUCUAAGUCAGUGAACUGACAUUACACUUCAUGAGUGGGGUUGUGCGUGUGCAGAAUUAUUCAUUCAUUGUACGCAUGAUUACUCGUCUACAGAACAUGUCUGGAGGGCUUUCAUGUAAAUUAUGUGACCACAAUGUUUUGUGUAUUUGCGUCCUCCAUGUGUGGGUUUAUGCAUCACUAAUAAUAUUUAAAAUAAUAAUACACAACUUAACCACAUAGGAACAGUUGGCUACAACAGACAAUUGGCUUGACUCUUUUAAGUGUUUUUUUAAUCAUCAAACACCUCAUGUUAGCAGCUCCAAGAGCCUACAUAUGUUGUUCUUUAGCUGAUGCAGCCUGUGGGCGGAAAGACACUGUUUUGAAUUUUUUAUUUGCGUCACUUUUAAAAUUAAGACUGUUCAGUGCACAGCUCCUGGCAUAAGAUAAUGAAUAACAGUUGGUAGUCUGGUUUAGGAAGUGCAUGUGUUUUUGUCAGAUUGGGCAAUUAUGUUAAAAAUGGAAAUGAGAUCCCUUCUGGUGGACACUGAAGCACAUUCAAUCCAACUGCAAACAACCCCAAAAAAUUCCCCCAAAAGUUGGCACACUUUGUAAAAUGUUGAUCAACACAGAGUUUCAAGAUUUGUAAGUCAUUUAAAUCUCAUAUUCAGUUGGGAUAAAGUAUAAAAAAUAUAUCCAAUGUCAAACUUGGAAAAAACAUGUUCAUAAUAAAUUUGAUGCCACUCAAAUUUUGUCGUGAUUUUUUUGAAAAUCACGACAGGAACAUGAUUACCAUUGUGCAGUGGUGGACUGGCCAUCUGGAGUUGGCGGUGGUGGAUUUGACUCAGAAAUUAUGCAAAUUAGGUGACGUCAUUUAGCAACUUUUAGCAACUUCUACGACAGCCUCUAACUACUUUCCUUACUGAGGAGUUAGCAACAGUGUUCAAACCUACUCCGCCCUGUUCCUCAACUUUUCAUGUCCAGAUUUGUGAUAGACGGCAGGCCCACCACAGCCUUUCCUGUGGAGAUGAUCUCCCCAGAGACCCCAGCAGCCAAGUGAGCCCCCCUUAUUUUUUUUUUUUUCAUUUGUCCUGACCCAGAGACCCUUAAAAUAAUUUUAAAUCAUCACCCUCAACAAACCACGAAGAACCCAAUUUAGCAGAAAGUUUCCAGCUGUGAGUACGACACCAUUUGAAAGUGGCUGCCAUGCUGUGAAGAGCGUCAUGGACUGUUUUGCUUUGUUUGCAUGGCCUUUGCAAAGUCCACAGACAGCAAUCACUGUAUUACUGGAAUGGAGGAUUGGAAGCAUUGGAGCCAGCGCAUAGAUAAGCCUAAUGGCAGCAAGGCACACAAUGAUUGUGCAGAAGCCUAUAUGCUACAGGCUCGCAAAGCUAAUAUAAAGAGUUUGCUGGCUGGCAGCCAGAUGUCUGCCAACAGAAACCAAGUCAGAAAGAGACUUCAGGUUCUGGAGCGUAUAGUGGGUGUAAUGAAGAUAUUAGGCAAGAGGGGUUUAAGGCUCACUUAUGCUUCUUCAACUUCAAGGAUACAUUCAGAAAUACGGACAAAAAGAACACAAAGCAGGGACAGAGGGCUCCAUCCUUAACCUUCUGACUACCAGUAGUUCAAAUUGUCCUCUGUGGAUGACCAUUGUAAACCUCAAUAUCUCCCACCCACUGCAUACUACUGAAUUAACUCCUUUUGGUUUCUACAGAGGACAUUUAGAGCUUUUCAAUGAUACCAAAUGUGAAGGAGUGGGGCUUCAGUACUUUUCCUCUUCCCAUAAAAUGUGCAUGCACUGAUGGGAGCCAUUUUUUCUGAGUGAGGAAGAGAAAGGUACUAAAGCCCCACCCCUUCACAUUUAGUAUCAUGGAAAAGCUCUAAAUGUCCUUUGUAGAAACCAAAAGGAGUUAAUUCAGUAGUAUGCAGUGGGUGAGAGAUAUUGAGGUUUACAAUGGUCCUCCAUUGAUUUACACAACACAGGACAUCACCUCUCAGGAUCAAUGCUCAAUCAUUCUGAGAUAUGUCACUGAUGCUGUUAAUGAGAGGCUUAUUGCUGUGGUCAAGUACAAGGAGUCUACUGGACUGUAUUUUGUUGAUUUGCUAACAGAGGUGAUGGAUAAACUGAAAUUAGACAUAGCCUUGUGCAUUGGAAGUGCAGCAGAUGGGGCAUCUAAUAUGCAAGCUCUAUAGAAAGUGAUGAAUUGUGCUCACAGACAGUUGUUUGUGAAAAUGAUUUUGAGCCCAUGCAAUGACCUCCACAACAAAGUCAUGUUUUCUGCGGUGCUUCCUGAGGGCCAGAAAUUCACAGCCACCCAGUAGAAGGUUUUCAGCCUUGUCCCUUUUUUACAAAGAUUCCCUAAUCUUUAUGAAAUCCAUGAAGUCUUUGAAAUGUCAUGCCCAGGAACAUUAUUCUGAGAUUAUUGACCUAUAUGCUUUUGCAAUCCCUCACAAAGUGGUGAACCUCUUCACAUCUUUUAGCCUAAGAGACUCUGCCUCUCUUGAGCCCUUUUUAUACACAGUCAUGUUACUAACAAGUUGCACAUUAACCCUUUUCACUUGGGAGCUGCGAGGGAUUUUUUUGGUCACAAAAAACUUUUUUAGAGUCUCAAGGUCCUUUCACACCAGGACCAUUUUUGUCGUGCGAUUAUUUUGGACGUCAAUAUUUUUUUUCAAACCUGUAUCCUGUCAAUACAAGCGUUUACAUCAGCGAUAUUGCAGCAUUUAUUUUUUUCGGAUCAUGGUCGAUUUUUCUAAAGUUUUGCAUACUGUGUGUCCACUUCUGACCAAUCAGAUUGUGUGUUGUUGUGACGACUAAUUCACCGGUAUAUCCGACAUGGCUGACCGGCUGAUUGUUUAAGUGUUGUAAAACAGAGCGCUUUUUGAUAAAAGACACAAACAUUACAAAGAUAACAACCUGAAGGAUAACUUGUGGAGAGUCAUAGCAUCAGAUUUCUCAUAUGACAAUGUUUUGUGUGCUUCAACAGUUUGCUAAACGUCUUUGUUUUAACUUUCAUCUGUGCUAACGUAAGCUAAUGGUUGUUACCAUAGUUUAAUGUGCUUAUCUGGUACUGGCCCCGACUCAGUACAUGCUAUCAUGACAGAAAGCCAUUGCAACACUAGUGUCUAGUGUCUAGACACUUCAAACUUGGAGCUAAUUGUUUCAGCAGAACUUCAAAUUGUCCAACAGACAUCCAAAAAUAGCUUCUGAAGCGACCAUGGUACAGUUUCAGCUCCUGAACCAAGCAGUGAAACUCACCAAGUUCUCUUCUUUUUUGUGAUAUUGGAGGCAACCAUGUGCUACGUUUCUUUUUCUUUUGAGAAAGCAAAAGGAGUACCAGUUUGCCAUCACAUGAAGUUGAAGUAGACUCCAUUUUUGUCUUCUCGCUUUCACCCAGGACGCUGUAGAAUGGUAAGGGAAGGUCCCGCCCUCCUUCGCCUCUGAUUGGCCAUAAGUGCUGACCAUUUGGCUUGAGCGUGUGAUGACGUUUCCAGCUUUUCAAGCCAACCAGAGGUGAAGGAGGCGAGACAGUCACACAAGGGACCUAGUUGAAAUCCCUUUUAUAAACCAACAGCAUAAUGUGCUUCCUUGAAUAAAGCAGGAAGAUUCAUGUUUAAACCCACAUUGUAUUGACCUCAUGCUAGACAAGAAAAACAUACUUUGAAAUAGAAACAAAACAGAAACCCCCUUUUACAUUUGUGUGGAAGCAAAUGGUUAGAAAGUGUUAAAAAGCACUUACUUAAAACUUUAAAAACUCUUUCUACUUGUGUCCAGGGUCUGUCAUUGUUCUUAGAUUCUGUCUUCUCACAUGUGAAGGACUGAAACUCAAAGUCCCCACACGUAGCAGAGCGUUCGGGAUAGUGUAAACACCAUUAAGGGCUUCUGCUGCUUCCCUGCAGGACUCUGGUAGCCUGCAGAUCUAAGAGGGUCCUCACUUGAAUGUAGCAUGAAAAUUAAAAGUAAGCACUUCAUUUUAAGCUUCUCUUGUAGGCAUUUUAAACAAUUAAACACACUGAGGUGUGCAGUUAUACAACCACACAAAAAAUUUGCAAUCGCAGUUUGCAAUGUUUGCUCAAACCCAGAGUGCAUAUUAUCCUGUGGUAAGUGGGGGGUCCACUUUUUCUCUAUAGGGCAUAAAGGGACCCAGUACAGGGCAUGCACAUUUCCCUUUGAGCAUCUUGCUUGUUGAACAUCUGCAGCCUAAAGAGGAUGUUCACUUAAUUCUGGACAUUCUGUCUUCAUCUCCUCAACUGUCCUCAUGAUCUUGUCUCUCACGGUCUUGUUGACUUUUAGGAAUCACUGUUAAUUUCAGCCUAUUUCACAGACAUUAAAAAAACUCCUCAUAACAGUUUUCAUAUUUGUAUGUUUUAAAUACAUUAUUUCUGCCUGUUUCUCAUUAACCAAGCAAGUGGAUGAUUAAAUAUUAAAUUGCAAUCAAAUAUCAUAAUACCAUCCACUUAUAUGCAAUCACACAUUUUUUCUGAAUGUGCUGCAGUACUGCAGUCAUUGAGCAUCCAUUUAAGGGUGUCUCCAAAAGCCAAGAAAUCCCCACGUGUUUUCUAUGGCGUCCAACUUGAUAUCAUAAAUUCAUAUGUGCACUUCUUUAUUCAUACACACUGUAUGGGGGUUUAUAGGUUAUCUGUUUUGGUCAAAAUCAGGCUUAGAGUUUGCAUGAUUAGGGGCACAGUAAUAUGACUGACAGGUGGGCAUGAUGAAGCCGUUUACCAGAACCUUUAAGGCCUGCCUCAUUCCCAUUUUUUGGCUGUGUCUAUAUUAAAUUGUAGGCCUCUACAAAAGACCUCUGCAGUCAACUUUUACACCUCUUCUCUUUUUGCACAAGACCCGUAAAGUCUGAAAACACGUGGCCAACAUGAACAAGAACUCAUCUGUUUUAACUUCUCUGGGGAGAAUAAGAUAAAUCUGGUUACUUCCAGUACAAUAUAAAAUUAGUCAUUAUGCUACCUCAGAUGAGUCAUGAGCCAGCCCUGUAAGGAAGCAAAUGCAUGCACACACUUCGUGUCUUUUUCUGUCUCUCUCUCUAUCACGCUCUCUCUCUCUUACACACACACACACACACACACACACACACACACACACACACACACACACACACACACACACACACACACACACACACACACACACAGUAAGUUUAAGCUUUGUCACCAAGUGCCUCCUCACAUAUGGUCUAUUUAGCUUCAGCAGAAUUAGCCAAUUAUGUUUUUUUUUUCUAAAUCUAAUGUGUAUCUCAUCCAACAGGGUAAAAUGAACCCAGUCUUCCACUCUUCUUACUUUGCUCUCUUCUGUGCUCUGAAAGAUUAUUCAUGAAGAAGCAGAAAGAUAAAGUCAUAUCCUCUUUUAUGGUGAAACAGUGUUAUGUAGAGCCAAGACAAAGUGUUUCGUUAAACUUGAAUCAGUAAGUUUUUGGAUAGUGAAGUGAUGGAAGAUUCAGGCCAGUGCAAAUGAUCUGUCCUUGCUGUCCAAAUCAUCUGGCUCAUUUUUCUGUGAACCCUCAUGGCUGUAAGUCCUUAAAAUGUCUUUGACAUGAAAAAUACAAACCAGACAGAGACAAAUGGUGUUUUUGCAUCAGAGUUAAUAGGAUUCCGAGAUGUUGAGUAUGCAUACUGUGAUAUUAAAAACAAUAAAAGCAUAUGCAAAUGUACUGUAGUCAUGGUCAUUAUAAUACAAAGACAUGUUUUCUUUUUCAUAAGAAUUCAGAGCGAUAUGAGAGAGAAAAAACCCCCCGAUAUAAUAGCAAAUACAAAUAAGUAGAAAUGAAAAAAAUGACACAGUAUCAGUAAACAUUGUUUACUCUGAUCAAACCAUGAAAUGUAACAGUGGAGAGAAACAGCUGGUUAAACAGAUUGUGUAACACAUCAUGAAGCUGUAUUUGUAUCUCUGCAAAGCAUUCUGAAUACUAGCAUGCUUUCAAAAUGAUCUACUGAAGGCUUUUAAUCCCACAAAGACACGAUGUAGGGGAUCCGUGAGGGGUCCUGCCUCACUGCUGCCAUGGUAACCAUGGUGAAGGUCCUCUCAUCAUUCUUAAACAAUAUCAUCACAUUUCAAGGCAACUCUUUUGUUCACAUAACACGCAACAACUUUCAGAUCUGUUUUCUCCAUUUCAGUCACAUCUUUUACUCUCUCUGUUAUUUUGUUGAGAUUUGCCCGGUAACAGCAGCCAAGGUCAACAUGCCAGAGAGGGAGGUGGAACAGAGAGGCACUCUUUGUUGUGUUUUCCUGGCCUCAUAAACACCAAUUUGUUUGUGGGCACUUGAGAGCAGGAUUUGUUUUAAUUACAUAUUUAUUGUUUUCACUCAAAGAGAACACAAGAAAGAUUGUAGGAGGUAGUCUACGCCGAUUUAAAUGGCCAACUAGAUCGUAUUCGGUUGAUAGACUGGAUUAUUUGUUCUGCCCAAGUACGUAUGGUCACAUAAUGAUGCUCGAAACCCAGAAGUCAUGACCAAAACACAACUAAACGAUAAAAUAAAUAGAUAAAACACGAUGUUGAUGCAUUUUCCAGAUGUAGAGAAGAAGCCGGAAAUAGAAGUGCACCUCUUCUCUACUCACACCUUUGAAGGUAGAGAGGAGGAGCUAAUCAAUUGGCAUCCGAUUCACUCAAUACAAUUAUUUUCAAUUGUAAUGAGGAAAAUGUUGCAUGUAAACGCAGCUAAUGAAAGGAUUAAUUUUUAAGUAAAGACCAACAUUACAAUAUCUCAUCCCUUUCAACUUUAUUAAUCUUUACGGCAGGGCUUCCCAGCUUCACCAGCUAUAUUUCAUUUAGCAUUGAAAACAUUAGCCUGUGCUAUAUGAUCUAAUACAAACAUUAGUGGUAAUAACCUGAAUGGAUAUGAUUCUAAAGCCAGUCUUAUUGCUGAUGAUAGUUUGAUAAGAUUAUCUAGUCACACCUUACUAUACUUAAACUUUUAGAAACAUUUGGCAAACUUUCUGGUUAUAAAAUCAAUUGCGGCAAAAGUGUUGCUAAUGAUUUUAAAUGAUUGAUUGUCUUUCUCUGGAGUUUAUUGCAGUUAGCUCCUGCCUGUUUGUCAAAUGAUCAUGACAAAUGUGUGUUGUCCCCCCUCAUCAUUUUUGUGUUUUUAUGUACUGUGGUCACAAUAUGGGUGCCAGGAUACAGACACGCACUCGUAUACACACAAACACACAGAGUUGACUUGAGGAAACAGAGCAGCUAUAUAACUCCUCUCAGAGGUACAGGGCUGUUUGUUAUGUUGGCUUCCUUUCACACAACAUCGUGUUAUUUUUUUAUGAACUUUUGUACAUCUUUUCACUGAAAAAACAGCAUCUAAUGGGUGUUUUUUUGUGUAACAUGCAAGUGUGUAUUCUUCACAGUUAGUCGCUAUCAUGCAGCAAGAGGACAGAAACCAGUUUGUGUCCCUCAUGUUUGUGGCUGUCAGAGGGGUGAUGGUGUGUGUCUUGAAUGUUUAGCUAAUGCACUUUUACGGUAUGCAUGAAGGACAAGCUGGGUGGUUAGUUUAGAUAUGAUACACACGAACACACUCAUUUGUUUGAAGAGACGGUUGUCAGAGACGUGUCAGGCCGAACUGAAAGUAUACUCUAGAAAAUGAACAUUUGCACAUAAAUUAGCAAUAUAAGAAGUAACUGCUCUAAUACAGAGUGUGUUUGAGAGCAAUCAUUUGAUGUGUAUUUUGGUUUUAUAGUUUUACACAUCUGUUAAAAUGACGGAUAUGUACUUUAUGACCCAUGCUACAGCCAGGGACCAGGGGAGCUCUAAAAGUUUUGGCUUCACUUGGGAGCCAUUUCGCCCCCUUUUUUUAAAGUCAGCUCCAGAGACUCAAACAGGAAAUUUACAGACAGUAGCAUCAUCCAGUCCUCUGCCAACACUUCUAUAUGAAUGAUGGGGGUUUGUCACUGAACACAGGACUUUGCUUCAUUUAGUCCUCUUGCAUUUCGGCUCUUCUUGAUAAGCAUGUAUUCUUUAACGUUGGCCACAUCCUCACCUCAAAGAGACUCUUAGUUCAUGUAUCAAAACUUGAAGAAUUUUUGAGGCUUUGUUUGUUAAAGGGAAAAUCUUGACGUGAGUGGGAAUAACAAAAAGAAAAGACAAAACACCACACCACACACUAAUAGCUCAAUAAUACUGCCAGAGGACCCUGCAAACACAGACCAGUUUUCACACUUGAAGUUACAUAAUUGUCUUCCCUCCAGAUCCUCACCUGCCUUUUGUCUUUUGAAAGGUUGCAGAGGCUAAAAAACAAGUAAGACAACAAAUAUAUCAGUGAUUAGUAGUCGGUCUCCAUCGGACUCCAACAUUUUUUUGUGAGGUUUAGUGCAGGUGUGAGUGCAGCCUGUUAGCAUUUGUUACCUCAGGGUGUACGGAGAGCUGUGUGUCGUCCCUGGACCAUAACAAGCUGUUAGUUUACAAAGACUAAUGGUUGAUAAAUGCACACCAUUACCUGGCAGGCUGGUAAAUCAUUCAGAACAUCUGGCUUCAUUUUGGGCUUUAAAGUUUUUGAACCACACUCCUGACAGAACUAGAGUGAAUGCCUAAAGGUUUUUCACAAACAACUUAGAGCCAGGAAGGACAUGAGGGAAAGUGAGGACAUCUGCCUUUAGUUUAUUUAAGUAUAGCUUCCACCUUUAUGCCCCUGGUUUCCAUUAGUUGGUUUGGUUUUUGCCAUCUCCACUUUCACUCAUACCUUUAUAACAUACAUGACCAAUGCAUCUGACCUACACCAGUGACUCUGUAAUGUAAUUGAAUCCUAUUGUGCCUGUGAUUUAUUUCCGUAGCCGUUGUCAGAGAUAACAUGAUGGUCAAAUCAAAUGAGUCCUCAGAAAAGAGUCAGACACAUCUUACCUUUGCCUGUUGACACUGUGGCAAAAAUGUUGGCUUCCUUUUGCAUUCUCAAUUGGUAAACAACAAGAAGCAAAUUUUUGAUGUUUCUUUUACUGGAUAUGAAGGGCAGGACACCGAGGGCUGGGCAAUAAAAAGGAUAACGAUGUAUAUCGUAAAUUAAUUUCCCUCAAUAUCAAUAUAAAACAUGGUCAAUAUGCUUUUCAAUAGUCAGCAUUCUGCCAUGUUUAGUUAGACUAUACUAAUAGCCAAUGAAAAGGGGAGUUGCUCUGGGUCCGCUUCAUGCUGAACCAAUCAUGUGCUGAAUUAGAACCAAGUAGCAAAAAACUGUGGCAGCAGCUUUCUCACCACUUGUAGCAGUGCCAUGCGGCAGAGCAUGCACAAUGCAAAAGGUUACAAACCUUGAGCGGAGCAAGGAGCCCGUGGCACCUGUGCAGCCGAAACAACCAACCAUUCAGUCCACUUUCUCCAACGCAACACCUCACAACAAAAUGCCAAAGAGACACAAGGACCUCACAGAUGCACUAGCUUAUUGUAUUGCAAAAGACAUGCUACCAAUGAGCACUGUUAAAUUUAAUUUAUUAUAUCAUGAUACAUAUCGAUAUCAAGUGAUAUGAAAAAAUAUAUACCAUGAUAAACUUUUUCCCAUAUCACCCAGUCCUAAAGACACCAGAUCUGCAGAUGAUGGCGCCAACCAAGUAAGAAGAGAUGAGUAAAACAGCCCAGAAACAAGGGGUUAGGUUAAAAACACAAGGCACUGAAAGAAAGAGACUUCUAACACAUUCAAGAAGACUGAGACAAAGCAAACACAACAGGAGCCACAGUAUUGACUUUGGCAGCGGUAAAGGGCUGGCUUAGUGAGAGGAAAGUGCCCACAAACCUUUAAAGUUUGAGGUAGAAGACCUUAAACCAGGUGCUGCAGUCAUUGUGAUAUUGCAGUGUUGGGGUACCUGUAAUGAUCUGCUCACUCUUCAUUAUUCCUUGCAUAUAUGUUUUUAUUUCGUAUGAUGAAAAAAAUUCCCUUAAAGGUUAUCUUAAACUAAUAAUUCUUUAUACCUUUCAUACCCAGUUGAUACUUAUGUCAUAAAACUGGCUGAAUGCAUUUCAAAAACUACUCCUGCUUUCUGUCUGUCUGGGUCCAUACCAGUUUUAUGAUUGUUUGAUUGAUAUGAGUCUAUUUCCAGUUGUCCAAGAGUUAUUUCAGCAGAACCUCCACAUCACUCUAGUUUUACUAUCAGGACUGUUUGUUGGCUCUGUUUAAUGGUUUUCUUGACUGUUGUCAACUUUGGGCUGGAAGGUAAUCAGGAAGGCAGCCCCUACUGUGUGCAAAAUAACAGUAUGACACUUGUUUUAAAUUAAAUGUAACUAUAAAACUGAAAUAAAACCAUUCCUCUCUUCUGCUCAUCCAGCUGCAUUAACUCAUUUGGUUGUGUAAGAAGUGUUUGUGUGCAUGCAGUGUUUGUGGGGGAAUAUGCUGUUGUCUGUUUCCAUAGUAAAGAGGAUGAAUAUGAGAGCAAUGCGAGGCUAACAGAAAACAUACAGCGAGCAGCAUGAGUGAAGCAUUUUUAUGCAGGAGUCCGGGGAGUGCAUGGCUGAAGAUUUAGGGUCUCACUCUUGGCAUUCUCCACGGGACACUGAGAAUGGUAUGUACUGGCCAAGCCCUCUUCCCAUGUGCCUUCCCUCUCUCUCUAUCUUUGUCUCUCCUCAUGCUCACACACAGAUUUUAUGAUUCUCAUCUGGACAUGGCUAGGUUCUUCCACACACUGCUGGACACCUGCCUGCAGAUGCAGCGCUGCCAUGAUUCCAGCAUAUCAGACAAAAACAAAACCGUAAAGGAGCUCAAAGCUGUACUGACCAUCUGCUUGUGGCAGCUGAACCAAAACUUUUCUCCCGAUACAGAUGUCUCCUCAGGACAAAUGUUGAUGAUUUUUUAUAUUGGAACAGAAUCUUAUUUCCACCACGAUUUAUUUUAAUACAGCAGCCAUGAUGAAAAUCUGUUGUUUUCUGUAUGUUAAAAGAAGAAAUACUCUGUCCUGGGUGUCAUGGGCUGAUGUACAAACAAUGAUAUAUGACAGAGUUGUCUUGUACUAUUUUCUAGGGUUAUGACAAAAUAGGUUUAUCUCAUGAUUUGAAACUUCGCAUACAUGUAGUAUGGACGCCAAAAUUUGGUGUUUUUGUUGUAAAUGUGGAAAUCCUGAUACCCCCCCCAAAAAUAAAUAAAUAAAUAAAUAACAAAAUCUUUAUUUGAUGAACUAGAUAAUAUUAAGGGGAGUAUCUAUAUUAGUUGUGAUUAUUAUCAAUGACAAUCUUUAUAAUACUGAUCCUUACAUAAGACAGGAGUCUGUCCCUGUCAGAUCCUCAUCUGCUUUCUCCAUUUCUUGCCCACUGUGCUGACAUCCUGAGAGCCAAAUCAGACAGGAAACAAGAUGAUCAGACAUUUCUCCCUUGAGGAGGUAAAAGAAAUACAGAAGAAGAGGAAAAGGUGAGUCUCCAAAGACUUGGACUGAUUGAACAUUUUUACACUUCGGGAAAGCCAGUUUUCCUCUGAGUGGUUUGAGAUUUGGAAAGUAGAAGUCGGGAGGACGAGGAGAACAUGCGAUAGGGGGAAAUGAGAAACAGAAAUAUGAGAAGUCAAGGGAGGAUGGUUCUUCCUCUGUUUGUGAAGUGAGACGUCUGCUGAAGGAGCAGAUUCUGGUUCACCUCUAUCACCUACCUCUGUUAAUCAUAACACACAGCCUCACAUGCCUGCAUGCACACACCCGCACAAACACUCCAAAGAUUGCCACCAGCCAAGUCCGCCAAAUUACUGUCACUGAAGGGGACAUGGAAAAUGCAGCUAUCCAAGGGUUAUUAAAGGACAAGCUUUCACUACUUUGUUUAAAGACCCACUCUGAUGUAAAUCAUGUUUUUCUUGUUGUCUACACGUUCAUACAGCUUUUUUUCUGAUAUUAGAGGACAUAUAAUGAGAAAACUAAAUGUGAAAUUGCCUUUCGGAGUAUUUCUUCAUUCAAAUCGCUGUGAAUCUCUGGCAGACCCAAACAGCAGGUUCAGAAACAGUGAGAUUUCAUACGUAACCACUCCACGCCACAUUCUGCAUAGAGAGGAGAAAUACAGAGGACGAUUGCGGAACAAACAUGUGCAUUAGUGAAUUGCAAAGCUAAUUAUGACAUUAGCUUUCAUCGUGUCCUGAAAGACAUUAGUGUCCGAGAGCUAAAAAGCUCCUAUGUUACCUGCUACUUCUAUGACACCGGCAAUGUUAGGCUGCAAGUUAGCAUGAAGACGAGUGUGCAGAACAGAGGCCACAUCUCAGAGGUGAAUUGCUAAUGAUCGACUGGAGCUCUGCAGAAGAAAAGCCCUUGAAAAUGAACAGGUAAUGCAAUUUUUGGUAAAAACUUAAUAAUCACAAUUUAAAGACCACUGAGAACAAUUUAAAUAGUUAUAAAAAAAAAUAUCGGAGUGGGACUUUAAGAGUUUCAACACUAGAUAUUUUGAUGAGGGGUUCAUCAGACCCAGAAUUCAGUCAGCUUUAUUUGAUCUAACUGUUAAAAACAAAGGCUCAUAUAUUGUUAGUUCACUUUCUUAUAAUUGUUACUUCUGUUUUACUGUGCACCAGUGGCCUUGACUUAACUCUAGAACACACAUUUUGAUUUUCUAUAGGCCCUAGCUAAUGUUCAAAUUUCUGGACAUCAGCAUUUAUCACAUGUAACAGUAAUAUUGAAGAAAAAGUAGUGGUUCAGUCAGUGGACAGCAUAAUCUAAUGGUAUAGAAGCUGAGCUUAAAGACGUAGUUCGGUUUGCCGCUCAAGGAUAAUGUCAAAGAGCGAGAGAAUGACUACUUUUAAGUCUUUUGAAAGUUUUAGGCACAGGUGUAAUUUGGAUUGAAAUUGGCUGGCUAGACAAAAUUAUAUGAGCCCACGGAAAUCAUCACACACCAUUAUCACACCAUGACAACUACUGUAUGUUUGCAGUUCGGUGUGCUUAUUUUUCAAUCUAAUGUCAGUACUUUUUUCAAAGGCACUAACUGUUAACAUCAACAUAUUGUGACUGCUUUUAUGUCCACAGUCUUUUCCAAUGAUAAUGUAAAAGUCACAUCGCUCCAAUGCAAACAUGACAUCCCCACAUAUUUGGCUUGAUCAGGAGACUGCCCUAUGAUCACAAGAUUAUGAUAGUCCACCUUUCACUUCUCUGUGCUGCCAGCGGUCUGCAUGAUGUUUUGUUGAAAUCAUUUUCUCUUAAUCACCAUCUUGAGCAAGGCAGUGAGAGUCAAUCACAAGUCACCAGAGGCAGCAGCAUAAUCAGGCCAGGUGUGAACAGGUUUAGAGCUGAUCAGCUGUGAAGAAAUUAUCAUGCCAAUUAGUACUACCAUUGAAUUUAUGGCUAUGACUGUCUAAGCUUAUUAAAGUAAAGGCAUUGCAAUAUAUUAGUGUUAUAUCAGUAUAACCUUAUACUGAAUAAUUGUAAUCAUGCAAUUUCAACGUGGCUUGCAACAACAUUUAACAGCUCUGGUAAACUCAGUCUGAGAAAUGUCAUCUGCUCAGCAUAACAGGGCUCAGUGUGCUCUAUCAGCCCACGAAACCCCACAUCAUCUACAACAGAGAACAGAUCAUCUAAGGCAAUGAGGUCCAUAUUUUUCUGUGUGUAAUGCCCUUUGCCUUGGCACCAUCACUAGAAAAGCUUCUUGCCUUUUAAAAAAAACAUCUGCCACAGGCUAGUGUGCCCCACGGAUGGGGACCACGGUCCCCACAGCGCUCGUGGGUACGAGUCCGGCCCUGACCAUGAGCAGCAUGUCCUCCCUCAUCUGUCUCUAUCUCCCCAUAUUUCCAAUUUAUCCUAUCAAUAAAGGCAAAAAACAGUCAAAAAAUACUUAAAAAAAUAAUAUAGAUGAAUUAUGACAGUACUAUACAGGCCAACUGGGUCAGGAUUGAAUUCAUAUGUAAAUUUAAAAAAAUGUGGAAAAAUACAAGGAGAGGUGAUAGUUGGAUUGUUGAAUAGUUGUCAGUCAGUCUCCCUGCAGUAGGGAGUGACUCUCUAAACACAUCAUUGUUGCUCUAUUUAGCUCCAUUACAGCUCUUACACUCUGUCUCCACCCACAUACUCUCAAUAGUCUACCUAAUUACCCGCCUCUCAUCACGUAAUGUCAGCUUAUUGAUUUAAACAACAUAAUGGAGUGCUGAGAAGCGUGGACUGCAUGAAUUUAAUGAUAAUGGGGAGUAGUUGGAUUUCCUGAUAGACUUCAUUAUGUCUCAUUUGAAACAGAAACAAAAGAGAAGACCCACAUGUAGAACUCAAAAUGUUUUAUUAAACAAAAGACUAAACCUUGAAAGUCCAACAAAAACUUGUUUUGAAAUGUCCAACAGAAAAGUCCAAAUCCAGAUAAACCAAUAGGCCACCAGGGAACUAGAAAGCCAACUAAACAAAAAGGAACGAGGAAACCACAAGGACAAGAGGUAGGCUUGAUGAGGCAUGGAUAGGCAUGGACACUGAACCAACAAAGAAUGACAAGAAGACAGGGACUAUGCACACAAACAAGCAACAGGUGAGACUGACAAGUUACAGAUGAGUCUCAUGAGUGAUCAACAAAGGAGGAAAAACUAAGGAAGUAAAACCAGACUUCAUGCACUAGGAUCGAUUACUACAAAAUAAAUACAGCAGGAAACACUGAAAACUGACCAAACAGACCAAACUGUAAAAAAGGAGAGGAACAUAAGAAUGAACACAGGGAAACAGAAACAACAGGGAACAGAAACGCAAGGAAAAUACACAAAAAAUACAACUUAAUUACAAAACCAGGAAAAAACUAAACAAGCAAGAGCCUAUCAUGACACAUUAUCCGUCAUAAGAUAAUGUGGGAUCCGUUUUGUUGAUAUGGGAUUGUAAUAUGAAAAUGUUUUUUUUUUUUUUUUUUUAAUGAAUAGCUGCCACAUUACUCAUUCACCAAGGACGAACAUACAAUAUUGUGUAUUCUCAUAGUGAUGUGUGGUGGAAACAAACAGUGAAUGUAAAUAAAGUAGCUACAUUCUGAACAUGUGAGUAGAAUAAGAAAAAAAUAAGAUGCAAAUUAAAUAUGCCAACGAUGGCUUAAACCAGACUGUUUAAGCAUAAACAAACACAGAGAAAUAGUACAAAGCAUGCUGUGUUCAGAUUUACAUAGAGGAUACAUUAUUCUAAUAUAUUCCAAACAAGACACCAUGACGCAUGUGGGCUGAUUGUUCUCAUACAGGACGCAUGGCGCUGGUGAUAUACCCCUGUUUCACUCUUCGAUAACACCAUAAACAUGUGCAGCUUUGUAUUCAUCAUGUGGUUAUCACACAGGGAUGCUCUACUUUUCUCUGAUUUGUCAUGUGGAAUAUGUGCAGAUAUGAAAAGAAAUGAUGUCUUUUCUGAGAUGCUGCACAAGCACAAAGAAAAGUUCCUCUCUGUAAAUGCAUAGGCUACAAAACAAAAAAACUCUUUCUUCUUAGAAACUGAUAAGUCUACGACAAAAUUCUGUGAACUCUGCAAUUAAAUAAAUAAAGUGAGGAUUACUCAAGGUAGAGCAACAGAGCACCUGAAAUAAAGAUGCAUGUGGAUAAAUUCCUGUUGGGGAAAAUGAAAAUACUAGUGAAGACUCGCUUCCAACAAAUGUCGCAUGCGGCAGCUGGAAGAGAGUGUGUUUAGUCUCUUUGCUAAAGAAAUCAGGAAAAGCUAAAAAGAUGAUAUGUGGCUAGUGCUAUGACUUGGACCCUGUAUGUACUGUUGAUGAAGUUAGAUGCUGUUCUGAGGGUUAUUUGUGGCUACAGAGUGGCUUUUUGGUUGAGUGCGUGGCUCUCUGUAUUGCUAUCUGUGGUUGUUACUAAAGUUGGUAUAACUAGAGAAGCAAGCGGUCGGCAACAUUCAUCUCUCGAGGGGUGUCUGACUCAGUGUUACGGUGUGUUUGACCCUAACUUAAUUUUAUGCCUAAUAUGCCUUUAACAUGGGCCAUGCACAUGUGCGGAAAGGAGCGUGCCGUCAGCGUUGUCAUUAAAAACCUUGGCUUGCUGUUGACAACGGUGGCUGCGGCCUUUCAGAAAUAUCCCAAUAACCCUAACUAUAAGAAUGUAAGGGCUUACUAACACAGCACGCUUUGUAGAAGUUUGUAGGGUUGUCACCAAGACAGUCCUCUGAGCACCAGUGUCUGAACCUCAGCUGGCUCUGUAGUCUUUUGAGGAGAAAAAUUACAAAACAAGUUAUAUGGUGAGAAUGGUAAGAAAUCCAUGAUCUAAUUAUAAUUUAUGUUAAUAUAAUUCACACCGACAGCAAUAAAGUAGAACUGUGUUGUGUUGUCAUUACAAAAGAAGUAAAAACAAUACAAAUUCAUCAUAGCUUAUUGACCAAUCCUGGUCUGUUGUGAAAGCUGUAUCAACAGCUGUCGACAGCCAGGUCUUUUGAGUGACGUUAGCCAACAAAGGUUUACCAUAAAGAUAACUAAUGUUUCAAAUAUGUAUUUUACACACUCGCCGUGCCACUUGGUGUAGUCAUUUCCACAGUCACAGCCACGACAAGGAGGAGUCUAAGACCUCGUGUGAGCUCCUUGCCUGGUUGGAAUAGCCCUACCCCCUGACAAAACUCAACAUAUUAGGCCAUCUCUGCUUCGCAUGGUCAUUACAUUGCAUUUUUCAGUUGAAAAGUACAAACAAGUAAUUGGAUUCAGUCAUGGCAACGUUUUUUUACAAAACAUAAAAUAAGUAAUAAUUGGUAAAAAAGUUUACAAAAUCUUGGUUAACAGUGUACUCCACUUGGUCCUCUGCAAAUCUGCUGUGUCCAAUUUUUUUCAGUCAGAACUGAGGACCAACUAGCCGGGUCAGACUCAGUAGACAGAGGCUCAUCCUUAGGCACAGGAUUUGAUGUGGAUUCUGGUCGAGGCAUUUCUAAUGAAGACCAUAUAAUAUUUUUUUGUUUGUUUUUUUAAACCCUUUAAAAUACCUUUUCACAUAACCCAAUAAAUUACAUGUUCCUGUGCAGGUCAAUCUUAAUAUUAUGAAUGAAAUACAAUUUAUUGAGUAGCAGCUUGUGUUGUGUUACACUGAUCCAUCAUCCAUCCGCAAAUUAAUCCCCUGCUGGCUCGCCUCUUUGCAUUUUCUUCAGACAGUGAGUGACACACAACCUGACUCUCAGCAGCAAAUUGAUGUUAUAAGAAGGGCGCCCCACUGCUCACUUAACUAACUUGAUGUGGAAAUGAGCGGUAGUCUAGAAAACUGUUUUUUUUUUUUUUUCUUUCUUCUAAGGUGCUAGUGCGCCCUCACAUAGAUUGCACCCUCACAUAGAUUGCACCCACGUCAGUUUGUUCUUUGCAUUGCUUCAGCCUCUUCAGUGAGUAUUCAAACAACAUGACUUUAUUCAUGAAAUUCUCUCCAACUAAACUUCAAAUUACUGAUGUUUUGUCUACAAAGGGACAAAGUCCGUGUUUGCAGUGAGGCCCAUUUGAUUUAUUUUAAAGUGCUUGGAAACAGUAGAAUUCACUGGCAAAGAUUACAGAUGAUCAAUUAGAUGCAAAGUCAGUACAUGUAAAUAGGAGCAUUACGUUGAAUAAAGCAUUGUAUGUGUUAGGGUGUGUUAUCAGUCGUAUUGUGGGAAAUGUGGUUUUAAAAAGUUGGGCAUUUGCCAGAUAAGGACUGUGUGGACACAGUUUAAUUGAAUCCAAUGCAUGCUAUGAUUACCUGAGUCUGCAACUACCUGAUAAGGCUCCAACCUAUAGGCUAGAUUUUUUAUCAAUUAAAGAGAAGUCCUACACUGUGUGUUUUUUUAUCAAUACAUUUUAUACCAGCACAAUUUAGUCUCACAUGUGGUUUCACAAGAAUCAAUGACAUGAAAAUUCACCUGCUGGAGCAUCCAAACUUCCUCUCUUAGAGCUGCACAUGGUUUUAAACUGAUUAUCAUUGUGACAUCAUAAGAUUUAAGAAAACACUGCAGCAGCUCACCAUCUUUUUGCUCGGUUUUUAUUAAAAAUGUGAUCAUCUCCAUGUUGUGAUCACAUGAAGACCAUGUUCAGAUCUUUGUCAGAUACAGCAAACCAGUAGUGUGGACACACACACACACACACACACACACACACACACACACACACACACACACACGCGCGAUUUGACGUAUGGCCAUCAUCAUUAUGAUCAUAAUCUUCAUCAUUAUCACCAGACACAAACCAGCGGGCGCACAGAGACUGGAACAGAAUGGAAUUUGAAACGUUUUAGCUAAAAAUGUUUCCAUGGUCAAGGUGUUUUUUGCAGAAACGUUUCAGAUUUCGUUUUGUUCUCCAACUUCGUGGGUGAAGAUGGUCAAGUGAUGUGGCUGGAGUUCAACUGUCAUGCUUAUCAACACACACUGUCACAGUUGCUGUUUACAGUGGAAGUUUCAUGGGUUUUAGCUCCAAAGUGUUCUAUAUCUGGGAGUAAUUGCAGCAUUUUAUGCUGAUUGCACCUCUCCUCUGACCUGCUGUGCACCCUGUCUAAGCCAAUUAUCCAAUCAUCUGCUGAACUCUCAGAAUUGAUGAUCAAAAUGGUUGUGACAGUCACAAACUGUUGCUUUUUCACUUUCCUCCACACUUAUAUUUUUGGUGCAAACUAAAGUAAUCCCAAUAUAAAGAUUAAAAUUCUUUACUCUAACAAUUGUCUUAUCAUGUGUGUAGGCCACACAGUGAGAGAAGGCAGAGGCUGCCUCAUGAGUUGGGCCUCCUCUUCUAUCUGGUCCCCACCGACCCCCAUCCUCCCAGCAUCAGUGGGAUGUCCCAGGUGUGUCUCCUCUUGGCUCUCCUUACAUUCUGCAGCUUCACAAAGGUACUCCUCUGACUUUUUCCCCGUAUAUACACACACACAUUGUUGAAACUGGUCAGGAAGCUUCAGGGAGUUUUUGUCCUCCUGCAGGUCUCUUUGGCUAACUCCCUGGAGCUUGUGAAGGAGCAGUGGAGCAGCUACAAGAACCAGUGUCUGAAUUUCAUCAACACCACGCCCCCUGCUACAGGUGAGUCCCCUAUCCCAACCCUGGCAUGAAAUCCAGUUUGAGCCAGAUGCAUGCAAACAUUUUACAAGUCUGUUCUUCACUCCAGGGCUGGUGUGUAACAGGACCUUUGACUUGUAUGCUUGCUGGCCUGAUGGACUUCCAGGAACCACUGUCAACGUGUCCUGCCCAUGGUUCUUGCCAUGGUACCGAAAAGGUUUGUGUGUGAGUGUUUGUGCUCAGCAUGGGGAGUUGGGUGAUGGGAAGGACAACAUCUGCAGAUUUGCUGUAGUAGUAUAUUUUGUAUCCCUACUUUCCAAGAGAGGUAGCAACCUGUCUUAUUUACAGAAGUCGUGGUCCUCUUUGCAGUGGUUUCUGGUGCUGCUCCAUGACGUGACCCUAUGCUGCACUUUCUCCCCCACUCCACUCCAAACAUUUCUUGGUGUUCUCCAGCUCUCCUAUUGAAUAAACAUCAGAAAAAAAACCCUUGCUAGAAACAGAUAGGAGUUAGUGGAGACCAAAACCAGAGCUACAAGAACUUCUGUUCCUAAAUUGACAGACCAUAAAAGACCCAUGGUCCCAUUAGCAGCUCAUGUGUGCCCACAGCAUUAAGCAGGAAUACACUAUUGUACACAACAUUUUGCUUUUGAUCAUUUGUUAUUGUAUCUGUGUCAAGAGCAAAAUUGUGUACAUGUUUAUGUUUUACAGUCAUGUGACUCACUGAUAUAGACGCCGCAUGCACAGCUGUAUAUACAGUGUAUACAGAGUAUAUAUGUCAGCUGUAUAUGCGUGAGGGGUGGCAUGAAAGUGAUAUAAGAUUGAUGUUUCAGGUCAUCAUGCAUCCUGCGAUUGCGUGUGAUGUGUAACAAGUAUUUGCUAAAACUCGGCCAUAUCCACUCUGAUUACACAUCAGUGUGUUUUUGCUUGUUUUGCUGCUCAAAAUUGUCUCCAAGGACCCUAAAUCGAUGGUAUCUGAAUCUCUUGCUAUAAGCAGCAGGAAAUGUGACUCGUGUACAGUCUGAGUUUUCAGAAUGUAAAUGUGUGAUCUGUGUGAUCAGUGGAGUUGACCUCCCUCUCUUUCUCCCUAAAGAGAGGUCCAGAUACCCUCAUCCUCACCUCUCUGAUUGUUGAUCACUGACAGUAACUUCAAUUACUGUCUUCUUAACUGACACUAAUCGCUGACACUGAUCUGUUCUCAUAAUUUAGAGAUCUAUUGUGGUUUUUUUUAUGUAACAACAGUAAAAAAAACAUGUAAAUCCAACAAGAUCAGCAUGUCUUGUUGUGAGGGGUUCAUUGUGAAACAUUAUUUCAGAGAGUUUUGAGUGUUGACUAAAAAUAGGAAAAUAAUUCCAAAAGUUGUAAAAAAACUGACUUUUUCAAUCCAAGUUUUUUCUUUGAGGUUAUUUUGUGGAGUGAAUGAAAACGACUCUGUGACGGUAACACGGCCCUUCAGGUGUCUUUGCCAUUCAGUGAAAGAGAAGAAACUAUCAACCUUUAAAUGAAUGUCAUUCCUGACAGAGCAUAUUGAGGUUUCCAAGAGUGAUAAAAGCUGUUCUUCAGUGCCAAGGCCGUGUAUUGUUCAACUAUCACCUGCUAACAUUUGCUUUUGUAGAUUUUUUUCUCUUGUCAUCAAUUUCUCUCUGCGGUUUGGCGACUCUGUGAAAGUGUGACAGUGUGUGGGUGUGGGUGUGAUGGCUCUCUGACACAGAGAUUUGGCAUUUAACUCUCUCUUUGGCAAAAAAAGAGGUUAAGUCUUCAACCACUUCUGUCAUCUCUGCUUUUUCUGUUGUGCACUACACACAGAGUUUAAAAUUUGGACUGUCCAACAGACAAAACAAACACUUCAAGAUGUGGAAAGAGUCACUUGCAACAGUAUGACCACCCACUUUAUUUACCUAGGCUGUUAGGUUGAAGGAAACUGUGUGAAUGCUAGCGUUGGCCACAUUACAUAAGAAUGAGGGUUAAAGCCACUAUCGAAAACUUUUGGCACCUCCUAUUGACAAAUUUGAACCAUCUCUUUCGCAACCAUACUGCUUUCACCCAUGGUAUCACCAUUUCACCAGCCCAUAGCAGUAGCCUUGCAUCAUCAGACCAGUCAACCUUGAUGAAUGGAUUUGGAUAUGUUGAAUUCAUUUCCUUUCCCAGCUGCCAUUAGCAACAGUCAAGGACAGACAUACAAUCAACCAGAGCAACGCUGCAUACCGGCAGUACAGCAAAUAUCUUUUUAUCAAUGAACACUUUAAGUGCAGCUGUUUGUUGUUUCUAUAAAAAAAAAUCAUCAUCCAGUUUAAUUAAAUUGGCUGCGAUUGAAGAUUGUGUUCUCAUCGUGUAGAACCUGUCCUAUUUCUGAAUAAAGGACUGUCACUGAGAAUCAUGGAGAGUAACAGAAGCUACAGACCCUCCCAUCAGUAACACUGAAUAUGAGCUGACUGAUGGGUCUGGGGCUCCUAUGGCAGAGAUGACAAGCAAUUAGAUAACCUGAAGCACUUCAUCUCCUCUCUGACAGUGUUUAUGGCUUUCUUCUAUCAUUUACGUUGGUUAGUUAAUACCAUUUCCGGUCAUUUCCUUCUCUAUCUAUGGUCAUUUCUGACCGCAUAGUGGUGUAAAAUAAGCUAAUGCAUUUAAUGGUUUAUAGAAAACAGGGGGGGUGGUUUUACAUUUUUGAGAUCUUCCUGUCAUGUGGUGACUUACAGAUGGCUAAUAAGAGUCACUUGUCUAAACACAGAGAUUCACAUAGUUAGUUCUGCUCAGUUUUGUGGCUUGAAUAAAGUGUCAACUUUUGAGUGUGGCUCUAUUUAAAACUUAAAGCCACCUUUAACCUUCAGCUCUAAAUGUCGCUUUGCAACACAAAGUUUAAAAUUUGAAGCUGUGCUUUGGCCAGUUGUCCAGUCACCAAACCUUUCUUCAAUUUGAGCUCAGUGUUCAAGUCUGAGUUUGAUCUGAGUCAACAGAGACAGAUUGUGUUGUCAAUUACAAUAUUAGCUGGAGGGUUUUCAUUCAUGUGGAGAAAGUCACAACAAAAGACAGUUUAGGACACUUUACUUAAAAACAAGUCUGAACUAUGACAUAAUUAUGGAACAGUUUUUGUAUCCAGUAAAGUGGCCAAAAAUUAAAGCCACCAGAAGCAAGUACUUGGCAUUAUCAGGCAACACUGGCAACUAUGGUCAAGAAUGGCCACCUACAUUUUUCAGGUGUGAACAUGCCCCAAAAUAAGAAACUGUGUAAUUCUCAUAGAGCUUUUUGUCACCUCUGGUGAAGUUGGCUCAGGUCAUGAUGAAACUAGUGCUUCAUAAAUGGGUCUCUUUACCUUGCGUGGCUGUUCCCACACACGAGCAAUGACACAGUCGGCUCAAUUAGAGUAGAAAAAAAAAGCACGUUUGUUGACAUUGAGUUUUGAACUGGAUCCGUGGCCUCAAUAUAGUCUUAAAAGAUCACCAAUUUACAGUUUGUUUGAUUUAGCAAGAUAACAAUGAACAGUAUUGGUUAAUCACACUCUUGAGGACAUGAUCAACUUCUGAAGCAGGUGGUUAACAGGCCAUCCUCAAAUGACAUUUUAUAAUGUGUGUUUGUGUGAACAGUUCAACAGGGUCGUGUCUACAGAGUCUGCAAUGAAGAUGGUCAGUGGGCUCGAAAGAAUACCAGCGAAUGUGAGGACGACCCUGAUGAGGUGUGUCAGUGUGUGUGAGUCUGGGGGCUUACUUGAUUAUUAAAUUACACUGUCUGGUUAGAUCUCUUUUACACCUUCUGUAACAAAUUGAAUGGAUUGUGUUGUGUGUGUUUGUGUGUGAGAGAUGUAGGAAGCUGACUCUCUCUCUCUUCUGCAGCAGCAGUACGGCCGCAUCCUCAGCCAGUUGCGCAGCAUGUACACAGUGGGAUACUCCCUCUCCCUUGGAGCUCUACUACUGGCCCUGGCUAUCCUCAUUACCUUCAGGUACAAAACAUAAGAGGAGGGAAGAGGGAGGGGAAAGGUGGGGAAAGUGAAAGAAGAAAGAAUUAAUCAAUAAAUUAUUGGAUAACAACUAAAGAAGAAAGAAGAAAAUAAAGGGUAAGGAAUGAAUGAGAGGGAGACAACAAAAGAAUACACAAAAGGGUCUUUAAAUAAGAAGCAGAGGUGGAUCAUAAAAGGUCAGAUUUUAGGGAGAAGGAUGGAAGGGAAGAAUAGAUAGACUGAUUUAAAAAAAACGCGCUAAACAAAGGACAAUAUUGAUUUAUAGAAGAGAGAAGGAGAGGGGAAAAGGCUGGAGAACAAAGAAGAGGCUCAUUAAGAAAACGGGUUUAAAUAAGGAGGGAAAGAAAACAUGAGAAGGAAAUGCUACAAGGACUAAAGGUGGAAAAUUACUCUAUGGGGAAUUUGAUUACAAGAUAACCCAUGAUGGAACAGUUGACCAACAUCAAGUGUUGCACACACUCUGCAGAAAGGAGUUUUCUUUUCACCAAAGCACUUUGAGCUUAAAAGACCACAUUAACGCUUAGCAUAGGUGUUUACUUUACAUGUUAAGUGCAUUUGUAUUCCAUUCUUUCUGAAGUCUCUUUCCUCAUGCCAAUUAAAACACAAUUAAUAUAGAUUAGAAAUGAAUAAAAUUUAAUCGCGAUCAAUCAAAAUGUAUCCACAGCAACCCUGUGAUUAAUCAUGUUAAAACUUGUAAUCAUUUGACAGCACUAAUUAAAAAACGUUAAGAUUUUUUUUGCCUGUGUGCCAGGAAGCUCCACUGUAUGAGGAACAACAUCCACAUGAACCUGUUUGCCUCGUUCAUCCUGAGGGCUGUGUCCAUCCUGGUCAAAGACGCCCUGCUGACCCUCACACUGGACCCCACCAGUGGAAGUGACACCCGCAAACAAGCUGCAGUCGACAUACCGGUCAGAGGAAACACACCACAGUGUCCUCAAAUGACAAGUUUUGUGUUGAAUUAGGGCAAAUUAACAUGAAUGCAUUUACAUUUACUGGAAAUAAUUAUCACAAACCAGCAAGAUUUAUAUUUCAUGUUCAAUCUACAGUGAGAGUACGAUUUUUGGACACUGUUAACUUAAAUCUUUCAGUUCACAGCUGUGGAGGAGCUUAUAUGGUAUCAAAAUUUAAAGCAUAGUUGUUUUCUAUUACAAUUUUUAAGUUAUCUUAACCCACCACCACCUGCUGACUGGCUUUAGUAUCGGUCAUUAACCCUGCCUCCUUUAUGUUAACAGGUGGAACAUGAGUCAAACGAUAUGCUUCAAAUAUGUAUCAGGAUUUUAUGGCAGCAAAGAGUGUCUUGCUUUGGUUUUACAUCUGUAAAUUAUCAGUUUACAUUUAUAAGUAGUAUUUCCAGCAGGGAGCUGCAUUUUGCUAAAGGUCAAACUUCUCCAUAGCAUGCUCACACACUGGGGAUUUAUUGUUUAGACUUAUAUUAUUUAAGUCCAUUUUAACCAAUUAAUUUUAAAGGAUGUUAUUUGAUGACAUUUUAACAUACAGUAUUCCCCUAGCCCAAAAGACAGGGAGUCAGAGAAGGUGGGAUAAAAAAACAAAACUGGUCCUUAGACUAUAAAACCUGAAGCAGAUCCGCACAUAUGUGCUUUCAAUGAAGUGCAAGGACUUUGUGGCAUAUUGGAGUCACAGCUGUCUCAUGAGCGAGUUCUGUGCAGGUGCAGAGUAUUUCUGCUAAUUGAUUGUUGAGCUUUUGUUGCUGCAAAACAGAAGUAAGUAACAAUUAUAAGAAAGUAAACUAACAGUAUAUGAGCCUUUGUUAUUAACUGCCAGUUUAAGUGAAGCUGACUGAAUUCUGGGUCUAAUAAACCCCUCAUCAAAAUAUCUCCUCAUGCCCUAACUGUAAAGUUUGUAAUUUCCGUGUAUGCAAAACUGCCUUUCCAGUUAAAUUUGUCAUAGUUGUUAUUUGUCAAAGUGUUGAAAUCAUAGACUGUAUACAGUAUACUAUGGACAGUUUGGUUCCGCCUUCCGUAGUCAUAUGAAUUUGAAGACAAAUUGUCCUUGGUAUUUCCAGGAUUUUCUCCACUUCCUGGAACCACCACUUGCGCAGUAGCAUUGCACCCAUUUGGUGGGAGAGUCGCUGUGAUGACGCUCGGCUCAAACUGUGUAUUCCCCGGGUGAGCUACGCAAUCUUCCUACACCCAUAGGCUGUACAAAGUGUCAAUCAUAGAAAACAUGAACCCCCUAAUAACAUUUAAAAACCGAGCUGCACAGAAAAAAGAGGACUUGAGCACAAAUCAAUCUUACAAUAUCUACAUGUCAACAUGUAGAAUUUAUGUUCUGUGUAAUAAAUUUCUAAAAUUUGUCAACAACUCCAUAGGGAUUAGUGGAGGCAGCGGGAUUUAUGACCUAUACUGCAGCCCGUCACCAGAGGGUGCUGUUCUUGUGGCGGCUUUGCGUAGUGAGAAGGCAGACGACGUCCAUUCUAUAUACAGUCUAUGGUCAAAACCCAUAACAUGGGUAGAGGCAAAAAUCAUAAGUCCAAAAUUGAACGUUAGAUAGGCUUGUAGUGCAAAUCCUAACCACCCCUGUCAUCUCUCAGGCUGUUACAUGGUGUCGAAGUGCCAUGGUGAUGAUGCAGUACAGUGUGAUGGCCAACAACUACUGGCUUCUGGUGGAGGGAAUCUACCUGCACAGCCUGCUGGUGAUAACAGUGUUCAGCGAGAGGAAGUACUUCUACAUUUACCUUGCUAUAGGCUGGGGUAAGAAACACAACUCAACAAGUACAAACAGAGUGCUGCUUUUGAGCUGAUGCACUCAUUGAGGUUCAGAUAGCAUAGCCAAGGAACACAUUCAUCAGUUUAUGAGUGGUUUAAAAUGGAUGCAUACGACUUAAUGAGAAAAUGCAUAUUAUGUGUUGACUGGCAGCUCUUCUUAGGAUUAAUCAGGUAAGCUGAUGAGUUGAAUUUCCCUUCUCCUAGUAUCAUUGCCUGCCCAAACUCACUCAAGGCCUGGAGAUCAAAAGAGAACACGGGAGACAACUCAGCUUGCUUUUUGUCAUGUUACUUCUUUUUUGUGUUGGUAGCCAGUAGCAGUAGCAGGUUGAUAACCUCAAAGUAAAUAAACCAAAGGAUUAGGCUGUCAUUAAUAAAAUUGAUCAAUAAUUUAAAUGUUUUUAAUCAUUUCAAUUUAAUCUAAUAAAAUCUAUAGGUUGUGAACAGCUUUAAACUACAAAGUGAACUAAAAGAUAAUCCUAAAUGUGUCGGACCUAAAACAACCAAUGCCACUAUAUUAGUUUUUAACACUACAUUUUAAAUGGACAGGCCUUAAAUUAUCAAUAAACACAAUCAUUUCAAUCUCUCAGGCACUAAAUUGAAGUUAUUUGUCAAUGUGAUUAAAUUAAAGUUUCCUCACCACUGGCAUCUUUUAGGUGUCCAUGCAAUGAUGCCACCAACUGUGUGACUAAUGGUGACACACCUGUUUUUAAACCUUACCCCAAAUUUCCACAGCAUCCGGACCAGCUAUGAAAAGGCUGUAUCCGCUGAUCAUAGCCGAUCGUAGCGAUUCAAGUUAAUGUGUCAGUCUCCACUAGCUUCUUUCUGUUCCGCUGCAGAUUGCUAGACUCUGCAGCUGAUCGCAAGAGUUCUAUUUUUUCCGGAUGCCGCAGCAUGCCACAGAAUUGGCACAGAUUGGUCUGUGCUUGAAAGGAAGUUGGGGACAGGCACAAAACACGACAUCCGGCUUCUUUUCAAAAUAAAACACUUGUGUUUCAGGCAGAUCGUAUUUCACACCAUGCAAACGGGCGGGGAUGAACAAGUGAAAGGUUCAUAGACAGCAUUUCAUCUCGAUGACACCGUGGAUGAGACGAUGCUGAUGCUGAAGUCUAGAAGUAGAUUUCCUCCUCUGGAGGGUCACAAUCUAUAUGGUUACUUUGCUGUCUUUAUAGAGACAACUUGUUAUCAUGCGAUUGCACGUGAAACCGGGGAUUCUUGUAUGUUCUCGCGAUUCCCACUGUCUAUAAUCAGCCACGAAAUUCCCCUCACAAACAGAGCUGGUGGGAAUUGGCGGACAGCAAAUUUGGCCGCUGUUCCAGAUCGGAGCUGUUCCAGACGCGGUGGAAAUUCAGGGUUACCAUCCCCCUCACCACCUGCAUUUAGCUGUCUGACCUAAUCCUGAUGUAUCUCUAAACCACUGCAAAAUAAAUUUAAACAUUUGAAUAAAUGCAAAUACAGACUUUUUACAGAUUGCCCUAACAUAAGCAGAAAGUGUAGAUGGUCUCUAAGGGCAUCUAGUGGGCAGGUACAGUAAGACAGACUCAUGUAUAACAACUCAAGUUGAGGACACUGUAAAAUCACUAAAGGGUAACUCACUUAAAAUGGGUUGCAGUCACUGAUAACACCAAAUAAUGCACAUCAUUUGUCUCGGCUCUCUGCUCCACCUCAAGCAUAAUACUCACAGAAUCAUCCGUACAGUUUGCGUCCAUUUACAUCUAAGUGGGGAGAUGGCCCUAAAGCAUCACCACUCUCUUCUGUGAAGAGCUUCGCUCUAUGCUUUCAUCCUUACCCAGCUCAAAUCUGUUGACAUGCAGACGAUAAGUUGAACGGGUAAGGGUGACUUCAUAACAGUUUAUUAUGAUGUCAAUUCAUGACAGAUGAGAUAAUGAUUUCAAUGUUUGGAACAAAUCUCCCUCCCUGCAAGCCAGAGCUGCUCGUCCAAAUAAAAACUAUGUUCUGCAUAACAGCUCUGCAAUUCUGCCUGACAGGGAAAUUUGAGCUCCUGUCUGCCAAGGUUUCACUUUCUGUUAAGAUAAAUUAAUUUGAGGUCAUCCAGGAGUGUUAAGAAUGCCAUGGCAACUACAUAGUUUAAGCAGGACUUCAUUUAUAAAUACUUCCACUCUUACUGCACACUGCUUUUCAUAGCUUCUCAAGUCAAAAAAACUUGAUGUUCACUUUCUUUUUCUCACAGUAUGCAGCAGAUAUGCAGUAGUAAGGGUCCAAGGUUCUCUUGGGAAAUAGGGUUGUAAGGGUUUGAAGUGGGGCAUCUUACUUAUUCUGAUGGGUCUGAAACUGUAAGUAGUUUACAUUUGCACAAACACUGUACAGCAAACACAUGUACAAUUCACUGAUAAUCUAUCAAAUACUGAUUUUAAUAGCAGUAUUCAACCAUAAGAAUCCAAAGGACUGAUAAAAAUUACAUUGAUUUGUCCUUAUAGGGCAUCUUUUAAAAUGAUUGCUUUAUUUCCCAUUAUCUUGAAAUCAAUAAUUCAUUUUUUUAAUCAAGUUUUCAGCUCUCUUAUGAUUACUAAGUCAUCUUGAGAUAUCAAACGCUGUUUUGAUUGUAGAAAAAAGACCCCUCUUCUUGCAGACGCAAGAUAUCACAGACUAGCCGCUGUCAUAACUGAAUUAACACACUGACGUCAGUGAAUCACUGUAAGCUGAUAAUGUCCAAAGAAGAACCAGGUUUCUGAACAGAUGGGAUUUUAAUUUCAGCAGACUUCAUUCACAGGCAGACAUUAUUCAUAUUUACGGAGCUUUCAAAUCCCCUCCAAAAGAGAGAAAAAGAAACAAUAAAACCCAGAUAACAUCAUUUCAAGUGACAGUCAUCAGAGUGGAUGUUUUACACCAUGUCAUAAUGUUAUGAUCAUUUUUAUAAAUGUCUUUCUUCAAGUCCUUGACUUUAUGUUGUAUCAUUGGUUGUGUAAAAUAGAAAUAAGCUUAAAACUAAAGGAAAUAUCAGUCAACUGUGAUAGUCAUUGGUGUCAUCUCUAACUUGUCACAGACAUUAUCUUGACUCACUGAAACUCUUUUCAAGUUCACAUUAAUUCUCUUCUAUUGUUCUCAGGUGCCCCCCUCAUAUUCGUGCUGCCGUGGAUCACUGUGAAAUAUCUGUAUGAGAAUGAGGAGUAAGUUUCCCUUAUUAAUGCUUUCAUAAUAAAUUAAAGGCAGCUCUGAUACAACUGCUUAUAUCUGCUGCCUGCCGGAGUUCAUAUCAUGAUUUAUGAAUAUAAGAUGACCCUCAGACUAGUAAGAGAAAAAGACUCAUAAGAAUUACAGCAAUGUGUAAAAUAUUUAUGUAAAAUAUAUAGAUAUGUGUGUGUUUAUGUGUGCAGGUGCUGGGAGAGGAACAUUAAUAUGGGAUAUUGGUGGAUCAUUCGUUCUCCUAUACUGUUCGCUUAUCUGGUAAGAACAACAUUUUCUGUGUGUCAGUCUUUGAACUAUAUUUCGUCAACAGAUUUAUCAUGGCGAUGAUGAAAAAGGUCCAGAGUGAUGUUGCAUGUGAGCAAGCUACUGAUGCGCACGCACGCACGCACGCACGCACACACGCAUGCAUCAGUGCUCAAAUGAAUGUCGCUGUGAUAUGAGACACAUUAAAGGUACAGUGUGUUAAUGGGAAUACUUAGCAGUCAGAUUGUAGAUUGAAAUGCUCCCUUGCUCACCAUUACCAUCUAUUAAGCAAUGGUAACGUCUGAGGGCUUCUGGGAUGUAUGAUAGCUAUGUUCAUAACCACUCAUGAAAUACAAAGAGGCGUUUGUUACUGGUUCUGGUCUGCGCUGUGGUAAGAACAUGGUGGUACAAGAUUGCAGCCUCCAUGGAAAGAGCACAGGUCUUAUAGAUAACAGGUAGAUAACAACGGCUUAGGUGAUUAUGCUUUUUUUUCUGUGGGAUUCUGUGAGCCUUAAUUUGGAGAAGAUAUGACAGUGGAUGGAGCAGGGGAGAGAGUUUGGUGUUGUGUCAUAUCCUUGGGAAAAGGAAGGGAGAUUAGGGAUUCUUGAUCAUAUCUAACCUGAUCUUAUUUGAUCAACACUUCAUGACUCUGCUUUUAUCAAGAUUAUCAUUUUUCCGUGGAUUUUUGGCCAAAUCCGCUUGGUUUGCAGAAAAGAAGGAGUGAGCUGCCCUGCCCAUAAUGGCUGUCUAAAUGGUCUGAUAUGGUGACAUGCAUGCCAAGAAUUGAGCCAUCCCAAAGCUGUUUUAGAGCCAGCACGCUUCCUGUGUGAAACCCCAGGGUGGGAUGCAGUAGGAUGUGGGAACUGGACAGAACCUUACAUCAUUUUACUGAACUAAACCAGACCCUCAGUGCUAUGGGAAACUUAAGUCAGACUGAAUUCACUCCGACACUCACAUAUGAGCUAUAAAUGCAAACAAAACAAUCACUGACAAGGUUAAGUAGGAAGAAGACAAAAUGAACUUUAUUGAUCCCCAAAGGGAAUUCAAUUGUAUGUCUCCCCUGUCAGUAUUCAUGCCUACAGUGGUGCUGUAUCAGCUAUAGUAAUACUCUACACGCUGCUUCAGCAAACCUUUUGUAAAGAGUAGUAGUUCUCUAUCAAUGUGACAUUUGUCUGUUGAGAGAUUUGAAAAAAAUGCUUUAUUAUAAAUAUUGAAGUAUCCCUGUAACUAUACAUUUUUGCUGAAAUCUAUUCUUGUCCAUUUGGGUGACAUAGUUUUUUUCCUAACAUGUGUUAUUUUUAAACACAAUUCAGGGAAGUCUUUCAACCAUCCUUGCGUUCAAGUGUUGACAGUCUAACUUUGCACGAUUUAAGUGAAAAUAAGUGCUCAGGUUGAUUGCUGAACUCCCUGGAAAGACAAAAUGUGUAGCAUAGCAUUUGUUUUAGGCUAACAAAGCUGUGCAAUGUGCCAUAACACAAACUUCAUUGAAAACUCAAUAUUUUUACAUCACAUUUUGUCAUUUAAAAUUGUUUAUUUCUCAUUUCUCCUACACUGGUCAGUACUAAUUAUUGGAAAAGAAAUCGGAAAGGGAGAAACAGAUGAAGAAUAUUUAAUAAAAUCAGUCAAAAGGAAACAAAAAAUGCUCAAUUUUUUCACAUUUUCAUAGGGAUUUUGUCACACAAUAUACAGGCUGAAGUGGUAAAGACUUCUUAAACUUUGUAAUCCAAAAUGUUAGUAUAAAAAAAGUUAGACGGUUGUGUUUAUCUGAUUUAUUAAGCGUCUUUGGCUUUCUUGCUCAUUGACACACGUAGAAGUCAUUUGUGGAAUCCCCUUUGUGUGUUUCCUGUCCCCUGUUCCCAUAGAGACAAACAUCAUUAUGAAUAGACGCACUUAUAAUCAUAAGUGCACAUUAAGAGAAACAGCAGCAACCUUUGUGACCUCAUGCAAAGGCGUACGUGUAAACACACACACAUACAAUCUCACACACACACACACUUAAACAUUUGUUAACUUGCACAUUUCCUGCCCUGUGUGAGUGCUCUGAGUGAAAAAAUGAGUCUUAAUACUGACAUACUUGAUCUAAAGUUGUGUAACAGACAUUAUGUCAUUUGUAAUCCUCCAACAAGUCCAAACACAACCAUGCAGUUUGACCUUUGUUCACACAUGCGCACACACACACACAAGCACACACACUCACAAAUGAAUAAAUUGUGCUUGUGUGCACCUCUGUCGAGACAAUGUUUAAAAACUGGUUACCAAAUUUGGAGCGCUUAAGAGUUGAGUGCUAUUAUAAUAAAUGUCCACUGUUGUCAGGUACUGUUCUGCACUGGAUCACAAUGUGUGCGUCUGUGAGUGUGUGUAUGUGUAUGUAAUUGUGUCAGUUGAAGUCCAGUCAGCAUCCUCAAGUCUAGCUUUAGUUUUAAGCCCUCAGUGUUUGAGUUGAAUCACCACAGAAGAAUUAAGUUUGAGCCAGGUUCCUGUUAUCUGAGUUGAAAUUCUCGCAGACUUGUCAUCAUUAAUUUCAUUUUUUUCAUAAGAAAGACUGCUGUUCUACUUCAGACCAUUCACUGUAUAAACCUGGACUGACAGUGUGGGACACUUAGUAUCUGCAGCAAACACAUUUCAUUCAUAAACAUCAGACUCUGGUGAAUUCAGACAAAGUGUCUGGAGACUCCAAUUAUGCAGUUACAUUUCCUUGCAACGUGAGUCAUAAGCCAAUCACACCUAUGUUGGUGCUCUCACCCAUUCUGCUGGAGUACGAGCACUGCAGCUAACUCGAAAGUAUCUAUAACCUACCUGCCUUUAACCAGAAUGUAAAUUGAGCAAACAUAAUAAUAAAUAAUAAUAAUUCAUUUUAUUUGUACAGCGCUUUUAAAAACACUCAAAGACGCUUUACAUAGUACGUAAAACUCAAGAUAUUAAAACAGAGACAUGAAAACAGUAAAAUAAAACAGUUAAAUAUUAAAAGCAAUUUUAAGUAAGUGAGUUUUUGAAAGGGAUUUAAAAGUAGUGGGGUCAGGGCAGUGUCUGAUGGAGGGUGGUAGGGAGUUCCAGAGGGUAGGGGCAGCUGUGGAGAAUGCCUGAUCCCCCUAGGUUCGAUGCUUGGGCCGUGACAAUGGGUGAGGAGAUGGGCAGAGGAGGAACGGAGGUCACGGGUAGGGUAACAUCUUGGACCAAAUGGUUGGAUCACUUUGGAGGCUAAUGUUACAGUAAAAAAAUCUUAACAGUGCACUGCUCUUGUUUGCAUUUGCUGUAAAACCUUUGAAAACAAAGAUUUCUGGCACCUCUUAAGGCCUCCAGGCAGGAACUGUUACUGUACAUAAGUUACUGUUGACUGUUAAGUCAAGAUGUGGUUGUAACACAAUAAGGCAAUUUAACUAGACUACUGUCUUUGUUCCAGAUAACAUGCACUAAGCAAAAGUCACAUUAUUGACAGAAGCAUGUACACAUCCGCAACUGUAGGUGGCGACAUGCUAUUUAACUUCAGCCCAAAGCCUUGCAUGCAAACCCUGGAGCAUGCUCAAAAUGCGAAGGCCAGUUUCAGUCAGAUUAAGCAUGAAAAAGACAAUGGAGCCCUAACUGCAUUUUCCAUGUGUGUUUGUCUGACUAUGAGAAGCUCAAUUUAGUGCGGUUUCAGUUGGACUGACAUGUUGACAUAUUUUUUCAAAUCCAGUUUCAGUCAGACUAAGGCACUGAAACUAUUUGAACCGCUGCCACUAGGCUCCAAAACUCAGCCUCAGAAAUACAUGGGCGACAUCACUGAGACUACAUCUAUGUUUUCCACAGUCAAUGGUGGUAGCCAUACUUAAAGCUGCUGUGAGGAACUUUUGGUUUCUAUUGGUUCUGGUGCCUCCUGUGGACAAAGUGAUAUCUCAUCUCUUGUCUGGUACACUUAAAAAUAGCCUGUUCAGGGAAAAAAAUGUAAUCCUGUUGUCUUUUAACAGUAAAGGGCCUUUUCUCCUGCCUGCUGCCAAUCAUCUGGUGUGAACCUACCUCCUCACAAUGAUUUCAGGCAUCAAAAAUUACAACAAAGGAAGUAUUUGUCUAGUUGCUGAUGGUGUCAUCUGCUUGUGAAGGUCAUAAAAGGCAUCAGUAUCAGUUUAGUGAGAGAGUUCUACUUCUUAGUUCCAGUACAGGCAAUGCUCAAGUCUGAGUCCAAGUCCAAGCUGUCAGUCCACAAGUCUGAGGUGAAUUACAAGCUAUGAAGUCCUGGACUCGGGUAUUUUAAUAGUGAUUUGUAAUAUUGGCUCAUUCAUAUCCCCUGAAAAGAUAUGAGACUUUUCGGGAAGUCUUUACUUUUAUACCCCAUGUUAGCCUUGUCUGUUUCUUUUUAACCCUCUCUGUCUAUCCUCUGACACCAGAUUAACUUCUUCAUAUUUAUCCGGAUCAUAAAAAUCUUGAUGUCUAAACUCAAAGCUCACCAGAUGAGAUACACUGACUACAAGUUCAGGUGAGAAUCCUCUUCUUGUUCUCAAAUAUAACAUGAUAGUAAUCUGGGGGUAUGUCCUGUGUAGGUAAAGAAAGGUUGAUCACUCCUCUGUCUUUUUUCCCUCUCUGAUCCAGAUUAGCAAAGUCCACUCUGACGCUCAUCCCUCUGCUCGGGAUUCAUGCCAUCCUCUUCACCUUUGUUAUUGACGAGUCAGUCCCAAAGGGCUCCAUGCUGCGCCUCAUUCGUCUUUUCUGUGAUCUGCUCUUAAACUCAUUCCAGGUCAGAGCUCAUCUCAGCUCACAGUUAUUUACACUGAUGUCCUCCAAUCAAGCUCAAUGCAUUACUUUCAGAUAAGGAAGGACGUUUCAAAGUGCAAUGUAAAGGUUUAAAUGUAUUUGAUACUUGAUAUAGUCUUACAAUGUCAUAUGCUUAUGAAAGGUCCUGGAGAAAAACAAUACAAAUAAUUUUGUCAAUGCAUGACAAAAAAGAUUCAGGUAGCAGGUAGAGUUACUUUUGUAAGGUAAGUUCCAACUUACAUUCACUGUUACUCUCACAACACACGUUUUUUAAAAGGUUUAUUGAACAUGCUCGUAUUUUGGUGAACAGUGUACUAAUCAGCUCAAUGGCUGCGUUUACAUGGGCACAAAUAAUCGGAAUAAAGGCCUCAUCGGAAUAAAAAUGCGUCAUGUAAACAUGUCAAUCAUAAGAUUCUGAUCCAAUUUGGCUCAAUUGGAAAGAAAUUGUAUGCCAAUUGAGAGGGGUGGUUUAUGCCGAUUAUUAUUCCAAAACGUGUCCAUGUAAACACUUAUUCCAAUCCUAACUCUCCAACCUGACUCGAUCUUAACUCUUGAGCUUUGGUUUAUUUAUUAAGACCAGUACAGGAGGUUUCAAUAUUAAGACUCUGGCAUAAAACACAACAGCAAGUGCUGUGUCUGCUCCUCCGAUAACAUAAUAAGGUGUACAUACAGUCUUUGUCAGAACAGUCAAAUAAGUACGCAAGGGCUCCAUCUAAUGACAACAUUUAAACAGGGGAAAAACUCCUGAACUGGACAGAGUGAGCCACUAUCGUGUUUUUUGGUUUGUUGACAGCGCAGGUGUAAUUACAGCUCCUCUUCUGUGGUUGUUUUAUCGAAAUCAGACAACUCUGCACAUGUCUAAAUGCUUCUAAUCUAUAUACAUGUACAAGCUUGGUGCAUGUAUACAAGCGUCAUGAUCGAAUUAUUUGAUUUUGCACCCAUAUUAACGGUGGAUUCAGAGUAUCCAAUCCCUUAAAUUUUUGAUCGGAUCAAGAAAUUUUGCCCAUGUAAACGUGGCUAAUGUCCAACUCAGGAACAGGAACCUGAAUGUACUGUAGUCCACUGUGGAGGCACUGAUUGACUGCUCACAUUUGAGAACCACUGAGAGUUUCCCAAAAAGGACUGAGAGCUGCAGAUACUGUGUUUUAAAGCUGCCAAAGUUAGAUUUACAGGUAUCUGUAUGAUCAAUGCUGCUAGCACUUUCAACUUCACAGCUCUAGACUGCUGGAGCCGGCACUUGACUGUUUUGUUACUUUUUUGUUACUGUUUUGUUUUGAAAAAGUUUUUCGAUAUUUCAGGAAUAUCCGGAUAAACACAAAACCACUGAAAACGACUGAAAGUGAUAGUGCAAAUGCAAAGCCAGUAAGUGGUGCUGUAACACUGAGCACAUGUAUAAAGGUUGUUUUGGCUGGGCACACAGGUGCCUGCAUCAAGAAAGAUGCAGAAAGGCAUCCACAUGGAGACAAAACGGUAGUCGUAAAUGGAUUUGGUCACUCUGGGACACGCUUCCAAAAAGGUACCCAAAAGGCCGUUUCUGUGUAGAUGAAAUGCCAAUACGACAAAAAACUUGUUAUCUUGGGAAGAAGAUUUACCCCUUGAAAAGCCCCUCCCCAGGGAGUGUUACUUUUUAAUGGCCCAAGGACUGUUAAGGGAAGGGCCUGACCAUCUUAUUUACAUUGAAAUAAAAACAGGUUGUUUAUUUACACAUGAUAUAUCAGCAGCACAGACACAUACAGAGGAGGGAAGAGAGAUUCUGGAUUAUAUCCUACAUAACCCAAUUCAAUAAACUAACCAAGUAGACAGUUUUGUUGACAUUAUAGGCAAAUAUACAAUUUACACACAGACACCAACUGAACAGACAGAAAGUUAAACAAGUAGAGGAACCAAAGGGCAACAGAACAAGAGUAAAUAUUUCCGGUGACCUUAUUUUAUUUAAUAAUCAGUACAGCUUAUCUGUUGCAAAUGCAAUUUCUGAUCAGUUUUUGUGAGGAAAAAUUUGUCAAAGACUUCAAUGAAGAGCUGUGCCAGGAGCUUAAUUACCAAAUACCAUCUUUAGAUGUCAUCAGCCUGAUUUGUAUCAUUAACCCUGAACCUCAUGUCCUCGGUGGAAACACACAACAAUGGGCCACAGGAACUAUUGCAAAGAGUGGUCCCUGGGACUAAAACUUCUUGGUGCUUUUGGUUGUAAAGCACCUAUAAUUGACGGUUUUAUAGAGGUGAAGCUUAAUGAGAAUGCAUGAUAACCAAUUUUUUGGGUUUAUUUGUUCAGGGUAUUAUUUACUGCUAGCCCCUCGGUCCCUCGAUGUUAACACUAUCCCACCAGCAGAUUUUACCUGUAUAUCUAGGUGUUCAAGUCAACAGUUUAGCCCAAAUAUUUAGCCAAGGAAGGAGUGUUUCUAAAUGUUCAGCUGCAGUUUUUUUUCCUCUGGGAAUAUUUUCAUACUCACUUAAAUACGGGGGCUGUGGUUCAGUGGUAGUAUUUUUUUUUUACCUUUCAGCCAGUCCCAGUUAUAUGCCAAAGUGCCUGUAGGCAAGACACUGAACUCCACAUUUUCCUGCAGUGUAUGAAUGUGUAGGGAAUUAGUUCAUAAUGAUGGGCCCUGACUGCAGUGGGUCUAAACCAUAAAACUAGAUGUGCACAAAUAGACUAAAACAAUUCCAUUUACCAAUUCAUCACCCAUCAGCCACCUUCUUAAAUGGACAGGGUCAGGCUGCUAUCCUUUAUCAAUUCACUGUGGGUAGUUAUAAGCAGCCACAGGAAGUGUCCAAUGUCAAGAUUGGUAGCUUUUUUCUCCUGAGGAAGCCAAGUGGGGGAUGAUAUAUGAUCUAUUUUAGGUGGCAGGUGUCGAGCUUCAUAUGAUGAGGUAUCAUUUUGUAAUUAUAUAGUAAGCAGGACACGUCAAAGAGACAGUAUUCAGAGCUGCAUCCAUAUCUUUGAGAAAUUCAUCUCUAAUGUGAAUCUCAUGUGAAAACUAGGCUUUACAUUAUAGAUUUAAAAGUAUUUUGUGACCCACCAUGAAGUGACCCAUCUAAAGAGGAAUAAUUAGAUGGCAGGGCCAGGGCUUAGGAGACCCGGGCAUCCUGUUCAGGACUAUGUGAUACUUGUUCCUUUGCUGAUGCUGUAUGCAGAGCCAAGAUGAUCCCAAGAAAAAUAAGAAGGGUUUUGAACGAUAGGUUCUCUUAAACAGAUGUUUGCUUUCAUUCAGACUGUCAGAAGGAAUCUCAAUGUGGUGCUAUGUAUUAAGAGCAAAUUAGCACUGGGACUAACUUUAAGUUACUGAUAAUGAAAUGUAUCUUGUGUUUCAGGGCCUGCUUGUUGCCAUCCUGUACUGCUUUGUCAACAAAGAGGUGAGGCUGGUGUGAAUUCAUGUUGAACACCACUUCAGUUGAAUCACUGUUGCAGUUCCCCCCUCUAUUUUAUUUGUUGAAAAGAUAAAUUGUCUUGUUUGAUCUCCAGUGUUUCUGACACCAGAUCUUAUCAGACUGAAAGGCUUUCUCUAUGUUUCAAUCCCACUUUAUUCUUUCAUCUGCAAAGUGGAGAAGACAAGAUGCCAUCCAUCUGCUGAUCUGUUAACCUUUAAAUGUAGACUUUGGCAAGAGACAUCCAUCUAAUGAAGUUCCCUCUGUGUCAUUUAACCUUCAUUACAGAUCACAGCAUGUCUCUUCUUUGUCCGUUUCAUCCAUCAGGUGCAGUCAGAGAUGCUGAAAAAGUGGAAGAGGUGGAAGCUGGGUAAAGACAUUGAUGAGGAGUACCGCCACACCCACACGCCGCAUGUCAAAAGUGGCAGCAUUGUCACAGCGAACCUGGCUGAUCUCCAUGACAACAACGGCAGUGACCCCAGCGGUGAUUCACCUCGUCUUAACAGAGCUGAGCAAGGCCCGCUCCGCUCCGCUGCACCUGAGGAGAACAGGCAGCUAGUCGUCACCUAUAGCAACGGGAUGGGGAAAGGGGGUCGUAGGAAGAGCAGACACACCCUGCAGUUUUGUUUCCUGCCCCAGAGAGGCGCCACCACUCGUGUGAGUGUGGCCACAGAGGACAUGUGUCCGAAGGAGAGGGGUGCAGCAGAAAGCCUCUGAAAAAAAGGAGACUAACAGACUUUAUCACAGGCCAAAAAA